AUGGCAAGUCAUAACGGCAUGAUGUUUAGCACCCACGAUCACGAUAAUGACAUUGGUGCUGGCCGUUCUUGUGCCCAGAACUAUUCAGGUUCUUGGUGGUAUAGGGAUUGUCAUCUUGCCAAUUUAAAUGGGAGAUAUGGCGAUGAUACCUCUGGCGUUGGUAUAAACUGGUUUAGUUGGAGAGGGCAUCUCUACUCCCUCAAGGAAACUAGCAUGAAACUCAGGCCCCGUCGAGGUAACAGAUCUGCGUUACUCUAAUGUUUAGCUAAAGAGGGUUUAAAUAGCAAUGCCGCUGUAAUGGGGCCCAUUAGAAACAGCAAAACCGCAUGGGAAGACCAAAACAAUCCCUUUAUUCGGAAAUAAUCUACUUUUUGCCAAAAACGAGGAAUGGGUGUAAACACCAAAUCCGAAUAGCCUCUUUGAUACGUUGGUUGAAUAUCGAAAACCGAAGGGUGACGAAAAGAAAAAGGACCUUAAAUACAAUGACCUUGCACUGCUGCAGGUUCUCGAUGUAUAAAGCUUAUCCCAUAGUUAUCACCUAAUGAUGCGAACAAAGGGUCAAUUUUCCUCGAAAUGAUGUCUUUAAUCAGGGCCUUACGAUCGGCGACGUCAACGGCAGGAGAAUGUCAAAACUGCAAUAGGUUUGAUAAGCUUUGCACGUUCAUCACACUUUUUUGUACAUUUUUGCCGUUUUGGCAGGACAACAAAGUGAAAAUACCUAAUUUCAUGCUUUAUGGAGGAAGUAAACAAGGAACGACGAAAUUCACUUCUCUUUGCGAACUUGGGCAAGGCUAUUAGCAGUUCAUCUCCACAUUUGACAAAAUAAGCGAGUUGGAUUAAUAAUCGCGAUGAAGAUUGAAAAACCAGAAAUUCACUUUUUAAGCGACGUUCCCUGCCGUCGUCGUCCUCGCUUAAGGGCACUAAAAUGCCGCUUUUUGAUUGGAGAUAAUACAACCACACCCCGAAUACCCCGCCAACCUCAAAACCAGUGGGUCAAAAAGGGACCUCUAAAAAGUCUACUUCAAGGUGCAUGAAGCUUGCAAAGCUUACCCAACGUUUUAAUUCGGGCAUUUCAUUGACCUGUAACCAAGGAAGAGGAAAAAUGUGAGUGAAUGUGUUCUUAAUCGCCAUUUGCACAUCUCCAAUAAUACACCUUGCGGGGUGAGGAACAAGGUGUAUUAUGAGAGAGAUGGCAAUGGCGAAUUAAUCGAACAUCUUAAUUCUUUCUUUCUGUCAACUUCGUCACCAGUGCUUUUCCGUUAGAAAAUGGAAGGGGGGACUCCCAUUUUCUAUGGAAUAACCUCUUGGGACGAAGUUCAUUUAUUAUAAUAAGCCUGAAUGUCUUCUUCUCUCAAUUUGAAGAACGUGAAUGGUUUUAUGAGCUGAUUUUUAGUGGCGCACCCUCUGACUACGUUCUGCUUCCUCGGAUCACUGAUCUCAGGGAUAUGACGUCAUGCUGGUGGAUGAAGACGGAGGGACGUCUAGACUGGCAGUGGGUUUUCUCGCUUUACAAUUUUGACAACUUAAGCCUUUUGAGCUUUUUCUUCAGUGGAAAUGGCAGCUUCCUGCUACAUGUGAGCAACGACUUUAGGUAAGAGAUGUGUGUUCAGUCCAUCGCCACAGCCACGCACAUGCGCGUAGACUUUCGGUGCAGUGAUAUUUGAAUUUCGUCUUUUAUGAGCCGCCAUGUAUUGUAAAAAUAUUUAUAGCCUAGGAUAAAGAAAAUUUUGCUAACACUAUUUUGGCUAGAAAGUUACUGCAAAACUGAUAGGCUCAAACCGUUGCUAUUGUUGAUCUUUUUAGGACAUUUGACGUUGAGGAAAAUAACAUGACGAACAAUCUUUGGCAUCAUUUGUGUAUCACAUGGCUUUCCGAAUACGGAAACUGGACGUUUUACAUUGAUGGCGUGAAGAAGAAGGAAGGGAUCGACUUGGGUGCCGAUUACCACUCUAGUGUUGGUUACCUGGUCAUAGGAGGAUUUAAAGGAAGCUUAACUCUCUUUAAUUUGUGGGAUGAGUAUAUCGACGAUUCUUCUAGGAUCGAGAAGCUGGCGCAUGCGUGUUCCUCUCUCAUUGGGAAUGUUGUUCCAUGGCCUGAAGUACAAGUCUGGCGCGUUGGAAAUGUUCAGAAGAAGGACUCUUCACUCUGCCAGUUCUCAGGUAAAUAAAGAUCAAAAUACGGAAGUGAAAAAUAGAUACAACUGAGACCAGUGAUCAGUAAGUUUGAUAUUAUUUUUUUCUCGAAAAACUAAUAAAAGGACUCUAAAGGGAUACGUUGUAAAUAGUUGUUGCUCUCACUAACAACUUUUAUCGAUGCCUGAAAUAAGUGCAAUUCUAGAAUUGGUUCCGAAUCCAUUAAAUCAUUUACCAACUGCAAGAAACUAGUCUCGAAAUAUGAGAACAGUGACUCGCAGGACAUAUUCAACAAAAGUCUGUAAAGGGACGAUGCGUGAGCCUUAAUUGUAGCAAAGGUAAGCCUUGAAACAUGACGGCUAGAGCUUAUGUGUUACAGUUAUCCUCUUAUUUAAGGUGUUAAUUGCAUGACACUCCAUGCUGACUCCUUGUUUUGACCCUGGUGAUUCUUCAUUCUGUAGGAAAGUAUCACGAAGCUGGUCACUAAUUCAUUAUUUUAUAUGUUUUAAUAACAUAAAAUAAAACAAAGCACAGCUGCUCCAUAACUAAAGGGCUUCUUUACGAGAAGACUGAUCUUGUGUGGAGGGCGCAUUCUGUUGGGUACUGUGCAUGCGUUUUGAGACUUCUUCCACUUUCAUGUCCCGAUAGGAGUGCAGAUACAUGAUUCUUGAAACGAUUUCCAUGAUUAAAAUUCGAUUUGAACGAAACAAGUGUCCUUAUUCACGACCCCCGCCCUAACUUAGUCUGGUAGAUAUGCUUCGUAAGGUGGGCGAAUUAAGGUGACAUGUUUGUUAUAAUCAAGUUAACUAACAUUCGACGUUUCCAUUUUUCUUAGAGACUUUUCAUUGGAACUUUAAAAAAGACUCCAAUUGGAAAAGGACGUAUGACGGCUUUUCUGGCCGAAGAGGAGUUUGGAAACAAUGGUGGUGGUACGUGCAAAAGGGUGUGGCCAGCAAAAAUUUGUGGGAUUACGUUGACCUUCAAAGCUAUGAAUGGGAAUGCAUAAGUGAUCCUAGUGCUUGUUCUCAAGGUCUAUCGAUGAGUUUCUGGUUGCGUUUCAAGCGUAAGUACUGAACAAAGAAUAAGCAUUGUAGUACUCUAAUUCUGAGGGCAGUUUUAAGGACAGAAUGAAGGUGUCAUUUGGUUGCUAUUUAGCAGGUUAUAAUAUAAGCCAAGAAAUUUCAGAGAUUUGAUUCGUUGAUGAUGGUGGUAUUUCUGCGUAAUAGAGGUAUAACAGAAAAACAGAUGGUAUAAUGAGGUAACCAUGACAACAGCAUAGGCGCGCAUUUUUGUUGUUUGUUUGUUUUUUGUUUUCAAAAAAGUGGCGGCUAGGUUCCCGGAAAUUUCCGGGCACGAAAUACAACAGCUCGCCGAAAAGAGACACGGUAAAAAAAAAAAAGUACAAUCAACACUACUAAGACUUGGAACAAUGUUUGGAAGAUGUGGGCGACAACCAAGGGUCUUAACGACGACAUUUUAAAAUACAAUGCCAAAGAACUGAGCAGUCAUUUCUCGCGAUUCUUCGCCGAAAUUCGCAAAAGUGACGGCUCCGAGCAUGAGCCUGAUACUCUAAGAGUCAUGCUGGCUGUUCUCGACAGACACCUGAGACAAAAUGAAAGUAAAAUCUCCAUAGCAAAGGACAAAGAAUUUAUGGUGUCCAGACAAGUCCUGGAGGGAAGAGCAAGAUCUCUUCGUGAGAGAGGCUACGGGAAACGACCAAAUACAACAUAGCAAGAUGAAGAGCAGCUAUGGAACAACCAAGUACUGGGAGACCACAAUCCAAAAUCACUCCUUUACACCCUGUGAUAUCUGCUCACCCUUCAUUUUGGCCUUCGCGGUUUCCAAGAGCACCAUGAGAUGUUUGUCCAAGGUUUUAACUUGAACAAGGACGAUCAAGGUACUGAGUAAACAACACUUGAAGGAAACCCAACUAAGACCCGCAAGGCGGUCUAAGAAGGAAAAGCAGAUCUAUUCAGCCAAAAAUGUUUGCCACUGGUGGUCGCCGUUGUCCAGUCUCCUUCUUCAAAACGUUGAUUGCCUGCGGACCUGAAUAAAUGCGAAGAAAUGGUCCUUUUUGUGUCGCCUUUAUUGAAAACCCGAAAUCCGUGGUCUGGUACAAAAAACAGAGAAUGGGUGUCAAUAAGAUCGACUCCUUCAUGAAAAAUAUGGCCUUGGAAACAGAAUUGAACGCAGACGGAAGACAGGUAACCAACCAUUCGGUAAGGAAAACGCUUGUGAAGAACUAACUCAAGGCUUCCUAUCAGUCAAGAAGUGCUAUCAUUGGUGUAAAAGGCCACACAAGUGAGCGCUCACUGGCAGAGUAUUUGGCAAUAAUACCGCGAGUAAUAUCUAAAAAGCUGUGACGUCACUUCGACCAUAAUUCAUUUCGUUUUUGUUUUAUCUCAUAUGAUAUGCUCAUUUUGAAACAAAUGGGAAAGGUAAUGUGGUUCAGUUCCAGUGUUGUUAUUUCUAUCCUGUUAUUCUAGCAAAGGACAUUGGACUAAUUUCAUCGAGGCGAGGUAAGGCCAAACCUGCAGUUUAAAAAUUGAAUGAAAAGAGUACUAUUGUGUGUUUAUAGAAGGACUUACGGUUGACUUUUUGCCUUUAUUAGUGCCUUUUGGUAACAAUAACAGCCAAAUGCAUUUCGCGACGCCACCACUAGUUCUCCCCGCGAAAUGAGGUCCGAGAAACCAGCGGAGAAACUCCAUAUUGAUGACGUGUCACUACCCAGAUCUGGGUAGUGCUUUUGAUUGGGGAAGAAAAUUUUCAACCAAUCGAUCAGAAGCACUAACCAGAUUUGGUUAGUGUCGCGUCAUAACUAUGGAAUUUCUUCGCCUGUGUGUUCGUCAGACGUCAUUUAGCGGAAUAAGUAGUGGUGGAGUCGCAAAAUGCCGUGUUUUCUCAAGCUGUAUGACACUUGAGUAGCUUAUGAAUUCAUUUCUGUGCCAUUUUCAUUGUAGCGCGCUUGAUAUCGAACAUCCAAGGUUAUACUGAUGAGCACGAUACUAUAUUGGGUUCCUGGCUUGACGACGUCCUUCCGAGUCAUGGAAAGUGGCUUCACUGUUUUAGGUCGACUAGUGCUAAUUGGAGAGGGAAUCAGUUUCAUCACGCUUGCGAUGGAAAAGGUCCCACUGUUGUGCUAAUUCAAGUUCAGCAAAACAUAUUCGGUGGCUUUCUUGAUAGUCAGUGGGGAGGUAAGAUUCCAGAGCUCCCGUUCGUUUGUUAAAAGUGACUUACUAACGCAUUUACAGAAACAUCAUGCAUCCAUUUGCUACACGUUAGGAGGACUAUCUCUUGCCUGCUUUCAUAAAUAAUUCAUUCCGAUGUAUAUAGCUGAGUACAAUCGAAUCUAAAGACGGCAACAGCAACGGCAACGAGAACUUCAAAAAGGUAAUAGGUUGAAUAACCAAUUAAGCAGCAUCAUGCAUCAUGCUAUUUUGCACAUUUAUUCGCCGUAACUGCGCGAAUACGACGUGAAACUGUCCAUUGUGACCUGCUAAGGAGGACGUAAACUCUCGACGACAAUUUUUUCUUCCUAUUUUUAAUUUAAAGUGCUCUAAAAAUUCAGCUUUAGGACAACUCGCCUACAUUUAACCAAUUCAGAUGCAGCUGAAAAACCACAUAAUUUUUAAAGAGAUGCGAAUGCAUUUGAUAAACGAUGUCCCCCUUGCCGUCGCCGUCCUUAUGGCUUAAACUUUCUAUUAGCCUAUAAUAUGCUAUCUUAAUUACCCAUAUACUGUUUGUUUUUGGCUGCUUCUGCGGGCGCACACAAGGAGCGAAUCCUAUGUUCUGAUUAGCUACCGGAGAGGACAAGGAACUUGACCAAUACCCUCACCACCCCUCCCACUGCCGGGGUGUAUGUGUAUGGUUUUUUGUUUGUUUGUUUGUUUGUUUGUUUGUUUUGCUUGCCCUCGUGCGUCUCUGUGCUUCUGCUUCGCGUGCGUCUCCGGCGCGUUUAGCUUCCCUCUUGGCUUGAACAAAAUGGAAACUACUGCUAGGCAAAAACACACACGCAAAAAUAUUUUAAGCAGAUACUAUCAUUUACAGGUAACGAUGGAAAUAUAACAGGCAAAAAGGCAUUUAUCUUCAGUUUAACAAACUUGAAAGGUUUCUCUCCUUUCAAAAUGGAGUUAAAAAUCAACAAGUGGGACAAUGCUGCAACGCAGGACUCGACACGUGGCCCCAUUUUUGGAGAUGGUGACAUUGCUAUCGGUCAUUUUCCUUACCAAGCUUCUUCAACUACGAAUCUUGGCGAAUCGUACGAAGUUCCAUCUGGAAUUACCCUAAGUUCAGAUGAGAAACUCAGGCUGUUAGCCGGCAGCGACAAGUUUGUGGUGGAUUACAUGGAAGUAUUUUACUACAAUGGUAAGACUCCCGCGGUUUAGUCCCAAAUAUGUUUUUUCAGGAAUAAUCACGUUGCUAUGUGAAAGUGCUGCCGUAUAUAUCAUUUGUAUUGUUUCAUUUAGUUUUGUGUCACAUUAGUUAUUCAAGACUUAAGUAGUGAAAGAGUGUGGGUGACGCCCACUACUCGCUGGUAAUUUUAGGUAGGGGGGGGGGGGUUGAAAAUGGACCUUUUUUCUGUUUGGACGUUACUCGAGGGUCACGUACUGUACGUCUGUGUGAACGUCAAGUCAGCGUCCACAUAGUAGGGCAGUGGAGACUCUGGAAAGAGUUCCAGGCUUGUAAUGUAAGCUUAUCCUUGCAAAAAUCGCAUAAACCAACGUCAGCCUACAUCUUAAGGUUGACAUUGGAUUCCAUACUUUGGACAAGUGGCAGUACUAAAGCAGGGUAUCCUCUUAGGAGGAGCACGUGACCAUAUCGUGGACCCAUACCCUUCGCGUUACGUAUAUUUGUUAAAAAUUUUCCGCGACCAGAUUAUAGUUUUACAUUGACUCACAAGGUCAUGUUUUCGUCUUAGUGGUUCACUUGGAUUGUUUUUUCUUACAGGCAGUAGUUUGGAUAAAAAUUUGAGGUCCCUUGAGUUUUCCUUACCAGAAAGUUUAAUAAGCGGCUAUACAUUAAAAAAUAUAAUCAGUUACAGUUUUGUCUGAUAAUGGUUUGAAUUAAAACGUCCCCUUGAACAGGCAGCGAAAUACUAGUCGUGAUCUUUGUGCCAGUAAUUUCUACCAAUUUUUUCAUGCUGCCGAAGAAUAAUGAGUUGUAGUUGCUGUGAGAAUUUUGCUGUUAGUAAGGGAUGGUAUGUCUGCUUUUUGGUAGGAAAAGUUGUCGCGUAACCGGUAACAUGGAGUGCUCGCAUGUCAGUCAACCCUCUCCUCCCCCCCCACUCCUUCCCUUCCUUCCACAGUAGGUGCAGUCUGGCAACAUUACUCCGUUUGUGUAAACAGCCUUUCAUUGUCAAUAUCUUCCUAGUUUUCCAUGUUUUCCUAGUUUUACAUGUUCAACAGUUCUCCCACUAUCUAAUCCGCGAUACUUGCACCGUAGCUUACUACACCUACAGCUCAGGUAUUGAUGCCACUAAUAAGACUUCCCUAACUCAAUUUGGAUCAACACAGGUCAUACCCAAUUCUGCUGUUAUCUUACCUUUUAUCUUGGUAUUAAUUGUAAAAUGGCAAGGUAUUUGUUUUUCUUUCCUCUUCUUUUCAAGAGUGCCCACCCGUCUAGCCCAAACUACUCACCGCUGGAAUAGGUCAAGUAGAUGGUAAAUGGGCUUCAUGUCCUUUGCGGUUUAUAUCGUACAACCUUAGUAUCAGUGGCUACAUUACUAUAAUAAACAGCAAGGGUGACAAGGAGGCUCCGUGAGAGAUUCCUUUUCUAAUGACAUGGAAAAAAGCUAAACUUUCAAUAGAAAUAUCUGAAUGACUAAAUAGAUUUUUUUCGCAUUCCGCUCCAGUCAUACGCAAACAUAGAAAAGAUGAGGUCGAAGCUCGGUUGGACAGUUCCGAGCCUCGACUUGAUGCCUUUGUUUACAGGAAUGCGGGAAAGGUCUAUUAGCGAUUCAGUUCAUUACUACCAACCCCACUAGUACUUGAUUCAUGUAUUUAUUUUUGUUUAUUGCAACGAGUUUUGAUUAUGUAAACCCUAUAAAUUGCCCAAAAUGCAAAACUCUGAAGGUCAUUCUGCUUGAAGUAGUAAAAAUGAGUUAUUAUUUAUCAAGCCUUUUUUUUUAUCUUUCCAGUGCCAUCUAAUCUUGUAAAUGUGAAGAGCGUUUCACAAUUUCCGGACUCUCGACUAAGUGCAAGUUCAUCGUUAGAUGAUUUGAACGCUGAGGGGAGACCAGAGCACGCUGUAUUAAACAAUAAACAAGGAUCUUGGUGCUCAUUUUACAAAAGACAAGCCGAGUGGCUUCAAGUAGAUCUGGGGUUAAAUCAAGACAUAUAUGGUGUCGCUGUGCAAGGGUCCAAUGACUCCACAAGUAUAGUAACUAAUUAUACUGUGGGGCUCCGCGCUAAUGGUGCUACGGAAGGAACGUGGCUGCUUGAAACGGUUGGUCUUUAACUAUUAAAGAAUAACUUAUGACUGAAUUCCACAAAUACGCCUUUUUACAGUUGUGUGCUUAGUGCCCCGGCUUUCGAUAGUAAUGACCCCAUUAAACUCAACUCACCCAAAUUUUAAAUGAAAUGUCUUCAUUUUAAAUUUUUCUAUACAUCAUACCAUAAUAAAAUCGGUCAUGAUUGUCUUUGGUAGAAAUGAUCACAGAAUUGAUCGCAUUAUUGUUUUAGUAAUAUCACAAAGACUCUGUGAAACUGCUCAUCUCUGUCUUAAAAUUGGUGAUGUCAUCGGUGUUAAUGUGUUUCCGAGCAUGUUAAUGAGAUUCCCCACGCCCCCGCAAAAGGGCCUAAAGCAUCUCCACUAUACAUAUGAGAUAUGAUUUAAUAUUGCUCAGUGUCUUCUGUCCGAAACCGCGUUCAAUCAUUUAACAGCCCUUUUUUGCGUCGUCACACAACAUUUUCGUUCCCAAGGUCGAGGUUGGUCGCGCAACGCUUUUCCUGGUGAUUCCAAAACGAACGACUGCGUGCGUCAGAAGGAGAUAACAAACUCGCAAUUCAUUUCAUUAUUUUGUUUGUUUGCUUUCAGUCUUCAGUAGACUAUUUCUACCCGACAAUAUAUUCAGCACGUUAUGUACGAUUUACAGUGAACACAUUUCAGAUCGAGCCCUGCAUGCGAGUUGGAAUAUUGAAAGGUAAUAGCUAUCAGCGGUCUACGCAAAAUACCAGGGGAUAGUCAGUGAGUCUUUUUCAGUUUCAUUGGUGUAUAUUGUGAAACGUAGUUUGCGAAUACAGCCGUAUCUCGAUCCUCUCUCCGCAAGGGAGGUUUCAUGCUGAUGUUUACAUAAUAAACUUGUUAGUCAUGAGGUUCCACACGUAUCUUUUUUCAAGUGUGUUUAUGCUUUCCCUAGUCUAUUUUGGUAAAGGUUUAAUUGUUUUUGGCCCGAAUCGCAGACGUCUCUCCAGCGAAAGGCCUCUAAUGUAGAGGACCGAGGAGAGACGAGUGUAUAAGCCGACACUCGUAAAAACGUAAGCACAAUUUUCUCGCAUUUCCCUUUGUACAUAAGAGUUCCAUAAAAAAAGUGGAAAGCGACGACUUGAUUGAUAUAGACAAACAUUUUUUCAUACUAGCUAGUACUGAUUUUGUGAUAAAUCAAUCUCUGGAUUUUAAGGUGCAGUGGAAUGGCUGUUCAGGGGAAGGGAAAUGAACCCUGAAUAGAGGUUGUGCUGGAAUGUGUUAAUAAUUAAUCAACGAAUAAAACGCUUUUUUUAUUCUGCCUCGGCGUCUGCCGCAGUUAUUAUUUCAAGCAGCUAGAUAACGUAUAGGAAAAUCGUGAUUAACUUAUCUCUGCGGUAUUGUGUGUUGAAUUCCCACAAGAGCAGUGCAUCGAUUUAAGUGAGAUAGUUCAUUUUGUGAAACUGUUAUCAUUUUGACUAGUGCAAUUUUAAACCUGGGUUUGGGAAACCAGAAAUAGUCCCUUUCCCCAGAAUAGAGGUGUUCCUUGAAUGGCGGUAACGAAUACAUAGAUUAUGUAAACAUUUUUCCAGGACCGAAUUAUGGAGGUGUACCUUGGAUAAAGUGUCUCAAAGGAGAGCUUCUACUGUAUACGAUAACAUCAGAACUUGCUUAUUCUUUAUCAAAUCCUGGAAUAUGUUACUUGUCUCAUUUUUAGAGAACUGCCUUCCUGGUUGGCGUUACUAUCAAGGAUCUUGUUAUUCAAUCUCGUCCAGUGCAAAAUCAUGGACCGACUCUAAAGCUCACUGCCUUGGAGAGUCAGCAAACCUUGUCAACAUAGGUUCACCGAUGGAAAAUGAAUUUAUUAGGAGCAAAAUAAGUGAACGGUAUUGGUCUGGUCUAAGAGAAGUUGCAGAUAACCAGCUUAACUGGGUAGACGACGAAAACGCGCCUGACUAUGUAAACUGGAUCGCGGGUCAACCUGUUUAUCAAGAUGGGAGGAAUGACUGUGUGUACGUGCAGUCUGGGAGUUGGCGUUUAGACGACUGUGGCCAAAGCAUUCAGUUUGUUUGUGAAAAAGGUUAGUUUUGAGUCAUCGCUCAAGUAUAAAUGUACCAGAAUCAACGAUAAAAAAUACUUAUUGUUUGUCUCACGUUUUAGGUUAUAGUUACAUUGGCCGUAUUCACACUAGAGACGGAUUAUCCCCCUGAGACGGGUUAUCCGUUGGACAAUUCGCGUCAGAUAGAUAGUACGUCUUAAUUUGAAAGUGGAACGGUCUUAAUUUUGGAUGGACAAUCUGCCUGACUUUAUCCAUUUGCUUUGAUUUUAAAAAUGGAUUAUACGUCUCGGAUGGACAACCCGUCUCUAAUCGGAAAAAAUCCAUUAUUUAUUCACUUGGGAAGUCGAUCACAAAUCACAACCUUGGACUGUCUCAUGGGGCUUGCUUUUUCCGAUCUUUCAACAAAAUGGUUACGCAAUACCAUGUGUAUUACGAUGAAGAUCUACAACUCGGAAGAUAGCUGACGUUGUUUGAAAGACCAGUAUUUAUUUGAUAAUCCGCUGUAAAUAAAAACUGUAAAUUUCGCGUGCUAAUCUCCGAAAGAUCGUGUUAAUUUUUUGUUUUUCCAAGAGCUUGCAUAAUAAGAAUUCACUUGAGGCUAAACUCAAUUGCAAACAACAUAAUCAUGACAUUUGUUAUUAUAAUGUUAUCGAGGAGCGGGCUCUGUGUUUAAAAUUCAGGUUGAUGCAGGUAUUUAAACAUGAUAAUAACUGUUAACACCCCCGAUGGCACGGCAAAAACACAACGUCUGAAUCAAAGUAUCAAAGUUUUGUAUGUGGCUCAGCAGUGCAAUUAAGCUCUACAAGGUCUGCUGUGCUACACGACCCUAGCACUGCAGUGAUUCAAACGUCGCGCGAAAUGAAUAUUUCUUUGUUUCCAGUGCCGCUACUAGGGGCCCGGUUGCAUAAAACGCCUGUAAAAACUAAGGGUAUACGUACGUGCACUCGUAACUUAAGUGAGUUGCAUUAAAUCACUUAAGUGGUCCACUUAGGGAAUUCACUUAAGUGGUUGCACUUACGAUUUCCAUAAGUGUUCACUUAAUUGUCGUUUAUGCAACAGAAAUUGCGGGUGUUGAAUAAAACUUUUUUUACGGGAAAAAUAGCACGUAAAUUUACGGGACCUAUGUAGGUCCCGUACGGUUACUAUUUUUACUAAAGUUAACGAGAUCUUUUACUGAGAAGUGAAAAGAAUUAAUUUUUCUUCACGUAAUUCGUUUUAAUGCGCUUUGUUAACCUCUGAUGUACACUUUAAAAAAGCCGACGUUGUGAACAAAGAAGAAAAAUUAUCAUUUUCAGUAGACAUUGAAGAAAAAUAACGAUUGCAUGCAAAUUUCAUUUUUUUGAGAGGCCUAAAAGUGUUCGAGACGACUUAAAACUUUCUUUACACUCACCGAUGGCUAGAUUAAAAAAAAAGAGUGAGUCAUUAAUAAAGUACUAUUUCAAAGUUACGUGUGCCUUUAAGUGAGCCCGUAAGUUACCACGUAAAACAGUAACUUACGAGAGUGCUAAGUGCGUUUCAUGCAACACCCGUAAGUGUACCCAUAACGGAUUCGUAAGUGACCUACUUAAGUGGGCACUUAAGUGUAGGUUUUAUGCAACCGGGCCAGGGACUUUAAGAUCCACUACUCGGACGGCAAUGAGAUCAUCAAAAAAGCAAUAGGUUUUACAAGCAAAACAACACCUUUGCACGUGCAUCACGCUUUUUUGUACAUUUCUUUGCCCGUUUUUGCACGACGACGACGUGAAAAUGCCUAAUUUCACGCUCUAUGGAGGACGUAAACAAGCAACGACGAAAUUUUCUCUUUCUGAACUUGGAUUUGGUCCCAAAGAAUUCAACUCUAGGAGGGUUCGCCUUCAUUUGACAAAGUAAAUGGGUACGCAUAAUUGCGAUAAAGACUGAAAAGAAUGCAAAUGCACUUUUUAAGCGACGUUCUCAUUGCCGCUGCGUCCUUGAAUCCCAAGUCCCUAUUAUUAGGUUUGACUCCGGCACACUUCUGAAUUGAAGUCGUGCCUCUGUCCUGCUUCUUAAUUUUGGCUCAGUGGAAGCACGACAUGUGUAGUGGGCCUUUUUCAAGUAGUGUUUGACUUUGACAAAUGUAAUUUCAGUUGCUCAAGCUUGUCAAUUCAUUUCUCUUUCCAAGCUCUCCAAACUUACAGUGUCACACAGUGGUCCUCCUCAAGCUGGAAAUGUAUGACUACUCCCCAGUUAGCUCGUUUAGGGUUAAUCAAGGACUGUCACUCGUCAUGGUGUGGUCAGGUUGGCGACUGGCUUCAACUUGACUUAGGUCAGGAAAGGAGUAUAAGCUCCAUAGAUACUCAGGGUGCUCCAGAUGACUUUGGUUUUGUCAAGAAAUUCACAUUGAGUUAUCAAAAUUCGUCAGUGAGAUCGUGGGAGGAGUACAAAGAACUCGACGAAUCAAACGCUAGGGUAUGGGUGGUCACAAUAUCAAUUUGUUGUAAUAAUGCUUCAAAAACUCAUAAAUAUUCUUUAGGCAUAUUUUUCAGUUGUAUGCAUUGAUUUAAUCACUUUCAGUGACCUUUAUUCCCGCUUUAAUUCAUCUUUCUGAAAAGUUUCGGAAGCGUUUUCAAAUCAGCCUCAUGGGCAAUACGGGGUGGAAUGACUGAAGUAUGGUAAUAAAAAUGAAUACAGAAAUCUGAUGAAUUCGAAAAAGUAUAUAAAACGAUCAUCCUAAUUUACAAAUAACUGAAAAGUAAAACAUUAUUCAGCCUGUAAUGUGUAAUGAGUGAGCCAGUAAAUCAAACUAGAAUCGAACUUGCCCUAUCAAAAUAGUGCUUUUGCUUUGAAUCAAAGUAAAUGGUCAGUGGUGGCAAAGUUUUCGAUAAACAGUUUUUACAUUAUUAUUUUUCGUGAUCGAUUUGAUUUCAUAUGUCUGCUUAUUUUUCAGGUGUUUUCAGGUAAUUGGAAUGGUAAAAAAUCUGUAAGGCAUAUUCUUGUGCCUCCAGUAACGGCACAUUUAAUACGAUUUCACCCGACAGAAUGUUUGGCAUCUAAACGCUGCUGUAUGAGGGUAGACUUAUUAGAAGCAGGUAAUUGUUAAAGGGUCUCACUAACAAUUAACAGUUAUUGGACCAGAUUGAGCAAAAUAUCGUUAUUUGUCAGUGGUGAGCGAUCAAUUAUUUGCCUACAGCGUCAGGAAGUUUGAUUGAGUGACUGAAAUCAGGCCCCGGUUGUUCAGAAGUUCAAUAACGUUAUCCACAGGAUAGGAACUCACUUUUUGAGCUCAUGGAAGUGAAUGGAACAACGUCCGAAAUCCCAAGGACUGUUGUAACCGAAUAGCCUCAUUACUAGGGGUUAUUUUUCAUGCAUCGCUACGUAAAGUGUCUGAUAUUUUUAAUACCGUGGCGACCAACUGAAAAGGUCGUUAGACGAAACUAGUUUUGUGAAUCACCAAAUAAAUUUAAUAGUGUGUUGAAAGUGGAAACAAAUUAGGGUUUUCUUUUGUUUACUGUAAUAAUGUUAUUAAAGUAACACUUUCUUGGCCUCGGCAAACAAAAUUUCAGAGAAUCAUUUUGGUUUUUUUGUUUCUGCUUCACAAGAGACGGGUGCCCAUGCGAAUUCCGGCCAAGGAAACCUCGAGUUGCAUUCGAGUUGCCGUACCUGUUGACUGAGUUAUUUUACCUUGGUAUUGCUGUGGUGCGGACGGACAGACAUGCAUAUGCGGUCACGCGACUACAUGUCACUAUCAAACUUCUCGAAUGCAUUAGAUAACCACAUUUUCUUACCCAUGUCGCUCUGCUGCGCGCGCUUUUUGCGAUGCUACGAAUGUUUUCCCUUCAUCGUAAAAACCAGGGCGGCCUACUUAUCUUAUAAAAACACGCUCAUAGGGCCAAGUGUGUUACACUGUCUUGUUAUUACACUAAUUUGUACAAUAACCAAUUUUUUUUAUCCAAAAUAGCAACAUGUCCAUCGGGUUGGGAGUAUUUCCAAGGAUCCUGUUACCAAUUCAGGGAUAAUCUUGAAACCUGGUCAGAUGCGUUGGCGUUUUGCCGCAAUUAUGGCGCGGACCUACUAAAAAUAUCUUCAGCGGAGGAGAACCAGUUUGUGAAAAGAAAUGGUAAAAACUGGUGGUUGGCUUUGCGCCGAGAUGCUAGAAAUACUGGUGUUUGGAAGUGGAAUGAUGGUUCUAUUCUUUCUGACACAAACUUCUGGGCAACAGGAGAACCUAGCAAUCAUGGAAACAACGAACACUGUGGCCAGUUCCGUGAUGAUACUCGACUUUGGAACGAUGUGUAUUGCGAAAGCCUAGUUAAUGUGGCUUGCGAAAAAGGUAGUUUUUAGUUCUGAGCCCAGUUGUUUGAAGGCUGAUUAGCGCUUAACCCAGGGUUAAAUUUAACCCGGGUUUCUUUUUCUUCUGUUCAAAAGCAUUUUUUCUCUGAUAAUAUUCUGUUGUUAUUUUGAAGAGCAUUCAAUCAUUUACUUGUUGACAGAAAGAAUUAUAAUGUAUUUACUUUUUAGGCUUUCAAAUGUGAAUUCAGAUUUCCCACUAACCCUGGGUUAUCUUAACCCAGCUUUGAACAACCCGGCCCUGGGUUAUACUGCAUGGCUGAAUGGUUAAGGACAUUGGAACUUUACUAUGCUGGUCCAGGUUAAGGCGUGUUAUCUUUUCUUUUAUCAUGCGUUAAUCUAGCCCGGCUGUGUCAGGCUCACGGAUAGUUAGGACGUCGCGAAAUAAAACAAGCAAAGCGAAAAUAAAACACGCGUGAUCUGGGAAAUAGGGCGGUGCCAGAAAAAAGCUCCCGCCGGGAUCGAUUCCUCUUUUCACAGGGUCCGCACAGUCAGUCUUGAAUUCUUGAAAAAGCUUGAAAUUUUCCCAGCAAUUUUUCAGUCCUUGAAAAAGUCUGGAAAAUGGAAAUGAAGACUGGAAAAAUAGUAAAAAGUCUUAAGUACUUUUUUCAAGUUACAAGUGCUUGACAAGUGAUUUCACUUAUACUUUGUGUCUGCGUUUUUUAAUUAAGGUCUCUAUUGAUCAACCAUUUGAUAACCGUAAGUCUGGAAAAAUACGUUAUUGUUUUGGGAAAAAAGUCUGACAAAAAUCUUGAAUUUUGGAUUCAAAAUCUGUGCGAACCGUGUUUUCAAUACUACAGCACAUUUUACCAUGUUGCAUCCUGAAACAGUAACAUAUAUCUAACCAGACAAUUAAUCUGGACGUUUUAGUGCAUUUAAAGACUAAAACAAAUAUGCAUCUUUAAACAACAGCCACAGAAAUCACACGAAAAGGAUAUGGUACAGAAAAUCUUGAAAUCGACGGAUCGGGACUCAGGUGAUAAAUUAUUUUGCGUGGUUGGGGGAUUUUUAUGCGUCAGGGACGCAGGAUGCAGAGGUAACAAAACCACUGCAAAUGCACUGUAACAAAAUUAUUUGCAGGAUUAUGGUUUGUUGAGAUCCAGUAUUUUUGCUACCAUGGCAACGUGACGUAACGACUGCUCCUCUUUAUUAACGCUCAUUUUGUUUCAUUUCAUUUUUGAGCAGACAGCAUCGACGUUAUUUUAACAAGUCGAGGAAUUAACGAGAACGAUCCCGGUAUUUUCUGCGGCUACCAUGAGUUUUCAAGAUCGUACCUUCUGUCAGUAUCUACCUCUAAGGAGAACUGGGAACUCCGAAUCGCAAAGUCGUCUUUGGCUUGGGAUCACGUGGGGAUCACAUGGAGUCAGCAGUGGGGGCUUCGUUUGUAUCACAAUGGAAUGCUAUUGGCUGAGUCAACCAAGCCAAUUACUCUACCUUAUCCAUCUGAAGAUAAAAUCACCAAAUUUACGAUUGGACGGGACGCGAAUUCCUGGGCGGUAUGGGGCCAUAACUUUCAGAUGGCUGAUCUGAGAAUCUGGGAAGCGGUCCUUCCAGAACAAAAAGUGAGAGACGUAUAUACUAAUGCAGGUAACUUAAGUUCAAUUUGAUGUUCAGUUUUAUUUUGUAUAGUAGUUAAUUGUACGCUUGCGUUAAAUGGUUGUGUUUGGUCACUCAAUCAAAAUUAAUAUUACGAUUAUUUCCUAAUAAGCAGAUAACAAAGCCUUGGAUAUGGCUCGAAUAUUUUUUCCGGGAGUCGGAGAAUGUUAGGCUCACUUGUCGCAUUACUUUAUGCAAAUUCAUCAUAAACGUAUAUUCUGAUAUUAUUUUUUCUCUUUUUUCUAGCCAUGCCGUGGUUUAUGUGGAAGAACAUAGGUCCCCCCUCUUUUCAGUGGAAGCUGAAACAUGACUGCCAAGCCAAUCACAGUCAUGAUUCGUGUGCUGGGGAAAAUUAUUUAAGGGACGAUAAAGGUAUAACUCGCCCUUCUUGGUGUCCUGACAGUAGUAGAUGGUGCAACAAAUUAUCCGAAUUUUUGCGGAGGCGUCUCAUUAACUUGCGGAGGAAUACAGUUACAUUAUCGUCGUUGACCUCUUAACCGUUUGUGUCCUCAUCUCAUGAAUAAAAUGGUUGUUUAACCGGUUUGGCGUGUGGUCUAGUUAUUAUUUCAAGGUCAGAGAAAGUCUGGUAUUUUGAUUGGUUGACCAACAGCUAGAAAAUUAAAGCAUUCAUUAAUUGAUUCAUGUUGUCGAAAGGGUAAGUGCUUACUCGCCUAUAACUUAAAUUUUAUUCAUGAGAUAAAAGACACAAGGCCAUAACGUCAUCAGCAUUUUAUGUAUUCCUCUGCAAAAAAUCCGAAUAAUUCUGUGCGCCCAAAACUACUCUCUGCUUUAUAUGAGGGGAAAAAAAGACGCAGCAUCUUACUCCACGCUCAACAGCGGUGUCUUAGCCAAGUCGCGUCUUUUUUAAAACCUGAACACAUUUUGUGCGUCACUUAUACAAGAGAUUGGCGUCUUAAUUAACCGGCCCCUAUAACAAGCGACUUUUCUUUCUUCGUAUAAAUGGCCCUGUUAUGACCCUACAAAAUUUCAUGCACUACGAUCAACAUAACACCAUGCAUCUAUGUUUUUGUUUUGUUUUGGUUUUUUUGGUUUUUACAGAGUACACGCAGGUUGGCUGUUUUGGAAUCGAUUCAGGGCCUCUGAUGCAGAGUCUAGAGAAUACGGAUCCUAUUUUAGGUGGCAGCUACGAUGCUCGUGCCGAUGCCGUAAUUAAAUGUCUUAAUGCCGCUCGUAGAAUAGGCAAUAGAAUAUUCGCGUUCAAAAAUGGCGGGGAAUGCUUAACCCUCUCAGUGAGUGAACUCGAUGUAAGCAAAAUUUAUGAAGAGUCUAACGACUGCACGGAUAGCAAAGGGAGCGCCAGUGCCAUGAAUAUCUACGUCAUAAAAAGUAAGAUAUUUCAUCAUAAUUAUUGUUUAAGACUAAGGCAUUGUUCAUACGAGUGAGGUUACCGGGAUUAGGCGGACUGACUUAACAAGCCUGGUUUAAAUCAGAAUUAAAAAGGUGAUCGAUUUUAGGGUAACGCCAAGGGUGAUAAAAGUUGGUGGAAAAACGGUAUUCAAGUGUCACUUAACUGCAUCGCGGGCUCAGGUGAAUUUCUUGUGAGGUGGCGUGUUUUUUUCUUUUUUUUUUUUUCAAAGUUGACUAGUUAUAAGUGGUUUGCAAUUAAUCACAAGCUCUGCUCCAAUUUAAGCCGUGCUUGCUAAGAAGGCCCAUGUAACAACAUUACGUUAACAGUCAAGCCAGGUCAAGCUUGCAACCAUAGAUUCUAUUUAUUAUUCUUUAAAAUGAAUUUGUUACUCCUUAAAUAGAUAAUGAGCAUUGAAUUUACGGGCAAGGUAAUUAACUCAGCCUUCUAUUUAGAUCCGAUGUUUACGUCUUCUGUUUUUUAUUUACAUGACAAUUUCUGGCCCAGUUGAACAAGAUGUCGGUAGCUGAAACAUCCAUAAUUCAGCUCUGUUUCUUAAUUACUUUCCUGUUCCAGCCAAUGAGUCCUGGUGACGUGAACACAUUUCUUUCUUUUCACAAACUCUAUUUAGAUAAUUCAGCUCUAUUUCUUAAUUAAACUCCUGUUCCAGCCAAUAGAAAUAAUGAGUCCUGUCCGUGAACACAUUUCUUUCUUUUCACAAACUCUAUUCAGAUAAUUAUAACGUAGCCUACAAGAAACCUACCAGUCAAUCGGGGACAGUGAAGGAUUCAUCAUUGGCAACGGACGGCAGUCGAAUGGAUUCAAAGAACGAAAUGUGUAGCUUAACAACGGUGCAAAAAGACCCAUGGUGGAGAGUUGACCUAGAGAGGGAGAUUAUGAUUCGCGACGUUUACAUUUUUAUGUACUCUGAUUCUUCUGUGAAGUACCUGUUAGAGAUAAGAAUUGGCAUUAACGAUGUACCAGCUUUAGGGAGCAAUCCUCUUUGUGGUGGCGUGUUUGGUUUCAAGCUGGAAUCCUGGCGACGAAUUCGCUGCCCUACACCUCGUCUUGGAAGAUAUGUGUCAGUAACGCGGAUUGUAGAUAAUGGAGCCUUGAUGCUAUGUGAAGUUGAAGUCCGAGAAGAGAGUAAGUUGCAAAGAACUAGAAAUAGCGGAACAUUUGCACCUUUAUAAAAAGUCUAUAAAUUUACAAAUUAUAGACAUUUCAUUAUCUCUGUAAAAGGUCCAGUUUUUCCAAGGAAAAUAACUGAUUGGGUGGUGUUAACAACAAAAAUUGAGAUUAUAUCUUAAAUUAAAAACACUCAUUUACCUUAAUAAAUUCCUGAUGUUACCAUCAGCUAAGUUGAAGGGUUAUGCUGUCGGUCGUUUUCAUUUGCCGCACCAAAACUAUGGAACUCAUUGCCAAAACCUGCCCGCUAUCAUGAUGAUCUGGCAAAUUUUAAGAGUGCUACAAAUACUUACUUAUUUCGCGAGCAUUUCGUUUUAAUUACUGUCAGUAAUAAUGUGUAUGAUAUAAAUAUUACCAUUUAGUUUAUACCGAUUUUAGUUUAGUAUUUAUACAUGUUGUGAUCAACAUUAUUUCUAUCCAUGAAUAUGCAGCACUUCAAAUUGUUAUUAUUAUUAUUAUUAUUAUUACUCAGAUUUUUUAACAAAAAAAAAGAAAGAGCUUGCCCGUAUUAUUAUUUUUUUUAAUAUCUUUCUUUAUUUUCAGGAACUUUUAAAGAAACUUUUUCAGUUUAGAGUAAGAAGGCGUUUAACCUUGAGAAUAGUUUGUUUUAAUCGAAAUGGAUUGUUUUUAUAGAAAUGAAAUGUUUUUAUUUCGCGAUAAUAUUUUUUUUGAACUGUUUUUUUUUUCCUAAUCAAAACUAAGUGUUGUUUUUUUUAAUAGAAAGGAAGCGUAAAUAUGUUUUUUUUUUUACGGAAUAGUUUUUGUAGGCGAAUUAAUUCUGAAUUAGUUAGCAUUGUUAUCAAUAAAAUUAUUAUUACUCACUACUACAAAAAAUUCUUCUUCUUCUUCUUCUUUUUCUUCUUCUUAAAAAAUUAUUAUUAUUAUUAAUAUUAUUGUUAUUAUUAUUAUUAUAAAAUUAUCUUGCUGCAAAGCAAAUAUUCGUGACGUGUGCCACUCUUAUUUUUUUCAGCUCUGGAAUAUGUUCAAACAAACAUGGCUUAUCCUCGUUCCAAAGGCGAUCUUUCAAUACUUGAAAGUCAGCAUGUUGUUGGGACGGCGAAAUGUUUGAGAUUUUCUUACAAAAUAUCAGGAGACGACGUUGGAAGAUUAAAUGUUUACAUCGUGUCCCAGGAUGACUCUGCAUCGUUGUUAUGGCGAAUAAGUGGUAGCGAAGGAAAUGAGUGGAAAACUGCUCAAGUACCGAUUGAUGUUGCUCUAGGGUUUAAGGUAACCUGGCAGACUGGUAGAAAUAUUAUUGUUAAAAUCGGGGGUGAAUGUGGGCACCCCCUCCCUCCCCCUCCUUAUUUUCGGAAGAAAGUCGAGGCCCACAUGGCUGAGGUAAAACUGAUACUUCGCUUUGGCAUUUUGUUUUCAAGGUCUGGAUCCGCCGCUGUUAGUGACGCAUGUAAAGCAAGUGACAGGGAUCUUGUCGUUGUUGUUGUUUGUGAGGGAUAUUGUACUUUUCAGACGUUCAAUCCUCUGUAGUGUAUAAAUUUAAGAAAAGCUUGACAAGAAAAUGACUUAGUUGUUUUACACAACCAGUGAGUUUAGCUAAGCAUUAUACCUUGUGCGGGCUACAAUGUUCAUUAAAGAAAACUUCCUCUUUAGUCGUAUCAAUGCAGUUGUAAUAGUCGUAUUUUUGUUAACCGUAGAUUCAGGUUGAAAGUGUCAGUGGCGGUGGUGAUGAUGGUGACAUCAGCAUCAGGGACAUCAAACUAGGGAGCAAUUUAACAUGUGCAUGUGCUCCACCUCAGGCGUGCAGGCAGCUGACAGGUUAGGGUAAAAGUACAAUGUGACCGGAAAAAAUCUUUCUUGGUCAUUACUGCAUACAUCUACGAGAAAGCUGUCUGGUUUUUAUGCUUUAUUCCUCGUUCAUUACUGCGCUUUUCACAAAAACGCGAACUCUAAAGUUCAAAAGCCGCCUUCCGUCAAUCAUAAUUACGAUUACAAGCAACAAACCUCAGAACGCAGAAACACACAAAACGGAUCUAAAUCCACCAAUCACAGAUCACAAACCAUGACCGUUUGAACCCGUUUAAGUAAAAAACUGUUUCCUAAGAGUUCCCUUAAGAUGAUUGACGACAGCCAAAAACGCAAACGUCCAUUGGCUUCUGAUCGUUUUUUGAAAAGUGGAGUAACACUUACUAGACGACAUUUCAACUCGAAAUAGUGUGAUAGAGAAUAGUAAAAGCUCCGUCGGUUACAUGUUAUGGAAACUACCCUCGACCUUCGGAAGUCAAAAAGCUAAAAUUUAAACGUCGGGCUGAGUGAACCGGCGCAAACAACGACGCUCUUUGUACCCAAGCAGUCUCUAAAUAAAGAAUAUUCAGGGUUUUUCUGGUGGCCUUGGUGGGUCAAUCCGUUCACGGCCGUAAAACGGCAGCUGGACCUUCCUUGUUUUGUUUUGUUAUAGCGCUGCUAUGGUAAAAUGGUGGAAAAGAUCAAUUAUCGAACGUCGGCUGAGUCUGUUUGAUGACGUCGAAGCGUAUAAAACCUUAUAAAAGGCAAUCAUAUAAAAUUUAUUUGAUGGAGUGUUUUGCUUCUUUUUUUUUUUUUGCAGGAUUUUACUCGACGAUGAUCAGCCACGUUAUUAGCUACCAGGCGACAUUAAUGGCAUGGUUAUCUGCGGUAGGAUUUGGCGAGCGCUACUGGGCUCCAUGCUACAAGGGGAGUGUGGAUGGAUGGCACUCAAAAACCUUUCACAGUAAAUGUGACAGCAAAGGCCCGUCUCUAACACUAGCGAGAAAAGGUUCUUAUCUAUUUGGAGGAUUUGCUGAUAGAAGCUGGAAAGGUGAGUUUUUAUCAUCUUGACAGCCCUUGCUUCCGAAACUUUGCAAGUGGAUGAGACAGUCAGCAAACGUAUUCUAUUCACACCAAUAAUUACGCAAUAAGGUUCACUUUCAGUCAUUUAUUUUAAGCAUCCACAAUUGUGUUUUCAUAAUCAUCGUUUAACAAUCGAAAAUGGUACGUAAAACGUGCACUUUUUCCUGUCAUUUAUGUCGCAGGCUAUACUACAGCACAAGCCAUCCCAUCAAGUAAAGCUUUCCUAUUCAGUCUGAAACCUUUUGAUCAGAGUCAAGGACCGAAUAAGAAGAUUGACGUCAUUCCUGAGAACAGAUCCGAAGCUAUUCGCAUGAAGAAAUUCUCAGGGCCUUGCUGGGGAUAUUCUACUUCCGAGUUGUGUUUUACCAAUAAUGCUGUCGAAAUUGUCCCUAAUGGCGUUUUCGACUAUUCCGGAAUCUCUGACCCCAACGUAUUUUUCACUGGUUCUUCGGAUUUUGAGGCAGACGAGAUUGAAGUUUUUAUUACGUCAGGUAGGAUAGAGGUAACAUUCCAUGUUGCAGCAAAUUCAUAAGAAAUCCGUGCAUUCCAUAAAAGACUUUUCUUAUACAUGUAACUUGUAAUAAUGAUUUUCGUUCCAUAAAAUAACGCUUAUCUAAGUUUCAAUAUUCUGCCUAAAAUCUGAAUGUGCGAUGUUUUCCAUAAUGAUCUAGCCGGUGACCUGCCUACGUCUCCGGUUCCAAAGUUUUCCCAGAAAAAUCAAGUAACAAAUUAAAACCGCCAUCUCUAAAAUAAUUAUGAACCUUUUUUUGGCAUUCUUGUACCUUUUGAAUAUUUUUAAUGCAGGCAGCUUCCGAUCGAAUAUGAGUAAUUGGCACCUGUGUCUAGCAUUUCCUGGGGUACGUCGGACGCAAACAAGUCUGUAUUUAGAUUGCAGAGACAUUUACCAUGGCAGCACGCGCCAGCGGCGAAGUCACGUGCUCGGGUGUGGACAUUUGUUCCUACGAGUUCACACUUUUAAGUGAGCGACGAUCAACUCGACUGAUCUAAUUGUAUGGACCCAUGAUUGCAACCAGGCUUGCAGUAUAAGAUCUAAUAAGAGAAGUGAAUCCUUUUAAUUUCUAAUUUGUUCUCUAAUUGCAAUGGGGAAAUGUGAUUUUUUAGCGAUACUAGUCAAUUUAAACACGUAAUAUAUUAGUUAGCCGUCUCUCCCUCUUGUGAAUUGACUGAAAAUGUGAACGACAUAUUAAGCAAAUUUUUCGUAACGAUUUGAGCAAUAGGAAACGUUUUCCGUGUUUGCAUAGCCUGAUAUAAACACUCGAGGGGUUGGGAGAAUUCGAGACAGUUAGUUUGCAUAACUGUCGAGAAUUCUCUCAACCCCUCGUCGAUGCUUUCCGAAAUACGGGCUUUUCUCGCUUAAAAUGUCACCUCAAGCGAAAAACAAUUUACAGGCGGAGCAUGAUUCUAAAGAUUUUCCAAGUUUCAGACGACGAGGAAAUGUGUAAAUAAAAUGAACUUGUCGAAUUUUUCAACUCAAAGCCUUUUUCAAAUUCGUGCUUGCGUGAUUAGCGCGCGAAAAGCAAAACAUCUUGACGUCACAACCAUGUUUACAUACUCUUAUGCAUACACGCCCCUCGGCCAAUCAGAGCGCGCGUAUUAUCUUAGUUAUUUAAUGAAGUGUGAUGUCAAGUUAUACUUUUAAGCCUUCUUUUACAAAAUCUAUGCAGCUUUUAUUUUCCCGUUCCAGUUCGCCCACUUUCGAUGCGCAAAGUGUGCAUAUGUAAUGAGUGGCAAGUGUUAAUGUCAGUGUUAAUGUUGUAGCUAGAGCAGAUAUAAACUAAUUAAAAUGCUAUUUCUGAAGUAAUUGCUUUCAAGAAUUUUUUCAUGAAUUUAACUGCUAUAUAGAUUCUUUGUGUGAUCCACCAUGCGGUGAAGGUGAAACGUGCGACGAAAUCAACGGAAGGUGCAUCUGUGAUCCAGCUUUGAGACACGAAGAAAUUUGCAGGCUGAGGCGAGGUAUGGUCAUGCCUUUCAAACAGCUCUUUUUCAAACGGUGGAAAGGUCGGAAAAGGUGCAUGCGACAAUCCCGAAAGAUUUUGUGUGGUUUUGCGUUCAAUCAAGUUCCUAAAGGAAUUUUUGGAGAAUGGUACGAGAGACCAUAGAAGCAUGUUUGCCUCCUGUGUGCCGGGAACAGUGUAUUGAUCAUAUCCCAUAUUGCCUUUCGGGACUGUCGCGUCCACAUUUUUUUUCGACAACCUUCCGCGAAAGUGAAAGUGAUAAAUAUGCGUUAUUGACCAAGCGUGAGGUCAAGAUGGCUGGGUUUUGGCCAAGUUCUUUUUUGUUUCUUAUUUACCGAGACAAAGUGGAGGUCAAUAAAAAACGCAAAAAAAUAGACCAAUAUACAGCCAUCUUGACCGAACGAGCUUGGUCAAUAAUCUACCCUCAGGUGGCUAAUCAGAACGAAGGAUUCCCUUUCAUCUUGCGUAAACAAAAAAAAAAUGAACAGACAGAAUAUAACAAGACAAAAAAACCUCUGCUGACAAGAUGUAACUUGCCAGUUGUCCAUUUACGAACGACCUUGUUUUUGGACUCAGAACGACCCAGAAUGAAACAAAAGCAAGUGGUCGAUACGGAACACGAAGCCAGGCCGGACCGCAGGCAAAAUUGCGGGUCCUGGAAGAUAACCACUCGUCCAUGCUGCUUCUCCCUAAUAAGUGCUUAUUAACUCACCGCCCACUUAAUGGUAACAAACACUCAGUGCCAACUUCAGUCCCAUUAAAAUGCCUUAAUUCAUUUGUUUUUUAAAUCAAGAAAAUUCUCCUAUUUAUAAGAGUUGUCCAAUGUCCCAUAAUACAACCGAAAAAACAAGCGCCUGUGACUUUGAUUGUUUGUCUGUUUGUUCGUUUGUUUAUGGCUGUUCAUUUGUCCUCCGGCAGCGUCUGAGAUGUCUCUGAGAUAGAAAGAUUCCAAUUGUGUAGCAGACCACUCCAAAACGCUUCAAACUAUACGUAAGCAAGGCUCGUGGUUGAUAACACGACGUGCAUGUUGCGGGGACAUGUCCCAUCACGUGUAACAGCGUCGAAAUGGUGAUAAGGCCAUGUACACGUAUAGCGAAGACUAGUAGCAAGAUAAAAUUAAAUAUUUUUAUCUUAGCUGUUCAAGAUAGCUUUGAUGCGUUUUCAUGGGAUUUUCGAUACUUGUUUUCGAAUAAACUCCAUGUCAUACACUUUAUUACACUAUGAGGCUUCUAUUUUGUUUUGCGUUGAAAUUGAAUGUUCAGCAGCCUAAGAAUUAAGAAGAAAAUUUUAAUUGUGGUGACUAUGGUUAGAUGCUUUUAAAUGCAUGGAGUACUGAUAAAUCUGUUUUUCUUAAUUGUAGAGUUGCAGGACAAAAGGGACAAGUACUGCAAUGAAAUCUUGGGUCCUUCAAACAACUGUGCUGGAAAUUUGUUUGCACGGUUUGACUUUUCGAACCGACAGCCUAACACUUUUAAAUGGAGGUGUUACUAUGAAGAGGCGCUAACUAUGGACCGCUGGCGCUUUGAUAAAACGAAGAGUUCACCUUGCUAUUACACGAAGGAUAGCGAAAUCAAGAGCUUUUCAAGUGAAGGUACAUUAACCCACUUUGCGAAACAGGGCCAUUGGUUUUUCACUAUUAACUUUCAAUAUUCACCAUUAGAGGUAGACGUAAUUCAACUACAGGCAGUUGGUUAGAGGGCCAAAUGCAUUCUUCGGACUAAGGAAAAACAGUAUUUUAUUAUCUGGUUGCUGGAGCCUCACUUAAGGUGGCUCACUUAAGGUUUAAUACCUCCCAAGUUUAAGCAUAAACUACGUCGCCGUUAACAAAGAUUUGGAAAAAUUACCACCACAGCUGUAUUAGAUAAAGAUGAAAAUUGUUAUGAUCAGAGUUACAUUGACAUCGGAGUUGUCUUAGCAACGAAAUGACGCCGUUAGCUAUUUUACUUGCAGCCGUAUUUCUCGUCAUUGGGAACUUAACAGUUCUUCCAAAAUCGUUCACAGGAGCUUUUUCCUCCAGUAGCCGUCUCGAUGUUCGUUAAAUUUUUGGGAAAUCUAUAGAGCGUUAUCGAGAUAUUUUAGGAUACGAUACUUUAUUUAACGUAGAUAUUACGCUUUGCUUAUCAGCUGGUUUACAGGUAAUCCACUGCCCUAAUAUUUUCUAAAAACUAGAAAAUAUAUAUAUUCUAAAAAUUAAAAAUUAAAAACUAAAAAAAUAUUCAAUAAUUCAUCAUAUGAAACUGUAAAAUCUAAGAAUCAAUUAGAACAACAAAGCAACUGGCAGAAGUUACUAUAAUUCCCGUUAGCUUAAUUUCUCCUCGAACUCAGCUAGACAUAACGCAAGCAUUCAAAUACGCAACGUGAACCUUUAUUCUUUGAAAAUGGUCUCCGUUUUCAAAAAUAUCCGGAUCGGCGUGGAUGGAAACUUACCAUGUAAAAGUCCUUCUGAUGGCGGUAAUAAACCUAAUUCCCAACAUUCGAAGUAAUUUAGUUGUUCUUUGCCAAUUUUUAAAAACAGAUUGUAAUGCUCUGGGCAUGGAAAGUCAGUCAAUAUCUGAUUCACAGAUUACUGCCUCGUCUGAACACGACCCUUCCCAUGGAGCAGGGAAUGCACGACUGAACUUUCGAGCUGGUAGCGGAAGGACUGGUGCCUGGUCAGCUCUUUCACCUGAUUCAAGCCCAUGGCUUCAAGUGGAUUUUACUAGGAUAGUUGCAUUGGCUAAAAUAGCGACUCAGGGAAGAUCAGACUAUGAUCAGUGGGUUACUGGUUAUUCAUUAUCUUACAGCGUGGACGGAAAUUACUUCCCAAUGUACAAGCUGUGUGGGGAAAUUAAGGUUAGAAAGGAUUAACACUUUUGUAGCGAAAAGCGAAGUGCAUAAAAUUUGGUUAUCUACACAUCCAAGGUAUAUUGAGGUUGUGAGAAAAUCAUCCGUGCGUCCGUCCGUACUUACUUACGUACCCUAGCCUGCGCCAUAGACGAAACUAAGCUUUGUUUAAAUUCGUCUGUGAAACAACCCCAAAAUUCUUAUUGGGGAGCCCCACCUUUGUACCAGGGUUUGAGUACGCGCCAUGAUUUGCCUGUUAAAAAAGCCCUUGUCGAUUAAUUCCUAAUCAGGAUGGAAGGAGUAUUAAAAGUAACAUAAAAGUAAUAUAAAGAAAAAAUUGAUUGAUUAAUUGAUUUCUUUUUUAGAUUUUCGAGGGUAACUCAGAUCGGGACACAAUUGUUUCCCAUGUAAUCAGCCCAGUUAUCUUCACCCGCUUCAUACGAAUUUUACCAAAGAAUUGGCACGGGCAUUUAUCUAUGAGAGCGGAGUUCUAUGAAUGUCAUGGUAUGCUUAUUUCAGUUUCUGUUUUAUUUUUCAUGUACUUAGCGGUAUUUCAAUCAUACAGUACAAUACAGCAUUUUUAUUUAUGGAGCGUUGUCUAUCAUUAUUGUUAUUAUUAUUAUUAUUAUUAUUAUUAUUAUUGUUAUUCUUAUCAUCAUCAUCAUCAUCAUCAUCAUUAUUAUUACUAUUAUCGUCAUCAUCUUUUUUUUUUCGGGGGGUGGGAUCCAAAUUAUUAACAACAUAACGGAUCAUUAUUUUUUUGUGCCAACGCACUUGGCGCUUGGGCCAUAAAAUUCAGAAUGAAAAAAAUCGAUGCGUAAGUUACAGUACGGACCUCUAACGCAGUUAGUAAGAGGUAUUUAUUACUAGAGAGUAAAGUUGACGCUUUGAUUUAUUUAUUUAUUUAUUUAUGGUUGUGACACACUCUUACACUUGAAGGAGGUGCACGACGCUUUCCUCCAGUAAAGAAAAACAUUUUAGGCAAUCCAGAGUACUUUCAGAUUUCUAGAUUGAAUAUAAGUGGUGCUAUAAAAGUUGUAUCUGUUCGGUUAUCCUAGGGCAACAAGAGUCUUUUCGAAUUCACAAUGGCUUCAGUAUCAUUUUCCCAAAAUUUUAGAGGUAAUUUAAGACUUCACGAAGGUGAAAUUUUCUGCUUUUUCUUUCCGUCACAUUUCCGAGUCCAAAAAUUUGGGGUAAAAAUAGUAGGGCAUUUUUUAGCUAAGCUUCGAAAACUGUACAUGAUUUGCUUCUUCAAACAUAUCUUUUACACAAGUGAAACUGACCAGGUUUUAGCGAGAUGAAGAAUUAACGAGUUGGACGUGCAAAGCAGCAAGUGUUCUUUAAAAAAGGUUUCCUUUAUAAAAAUUCUCAGGAACUUACAUAAAUGUGUAAUGUGUCGACAGGUUAUAAAGUCUUAGAAGUUGACCAGCUUCUGUCAGUCUCGAAGUACCUCUGGACGUUUGAUGACUUGAAUGACAUUAAGGACCUCCAGGGAGAAUCGUGGGCUCAGAUAAGUGGCUCGCUGCAAUCUACCACCGGGGUUCGGGGACGGGCAGUCAAAGCUUUAGGUGGCGCGGGGUUUAUUGAACUGAUCAAAGAUGCUGCGUUAUUAUUGGCGAAUCCGCUGCCCCAUUCAUGCGUUACGUUAAGCCUCUGGCUUUCGUAUGAAAUCCAAAUUCCAAAUGUCGUGCAAACCUUUUUUGCUGCUGGUGAUCAAGAAAACGGAGACCGGGGUGUGCGUCUUUAUCAGGAGGAUGGCAGCAAAGAAGAGCUGACUUUCAAGAUAACGGCUGCAACAACGUGGUGUUCUAUACGAUUCAGUGCUUUUCAGCGAGUCUGGUCACAUUUGGUGUUUAGCUGGGGUAACUCUAGUGAGAUUAACAAACUCAAGGUGUAUCUUAAUGGCAACGAGGCUACUCCUUUGGAGCACCAGUGUGCUAGUUUGAGUACCAAUGAUCUUUCAGAUCAUGACAUUAAAAUAGGCUUGAGCCAGCUUCCUUUAGCUUCAUUUGAUGAUAUUAUUUUGUGGGCAAAGGAGCUGUCAGCGGCGGAGGUGGCUCAAUUAUUUCAAUUUUACAAAGGUAAGUACCCUCAUCUUCCCUUCCCUGAGUUAAGUGUAAUUUAUUGAGAGAAUAGCAGAAGCGAUUCAUUUAUAGUUGAAGAAGCCAAAAGACUUUCAAACCUCAUUGAAACGUUUAUUCAUUGAAUAAAAUUGACGAUAAUAGCAUGGGAGAGGACCCCGCCGCCGCCCCCUUUGUAGGCUUUUUACCUUAAAAUCCUUUUAUUGAAGAGUUCACGCUCUUAGUUCAUGGGUAAUCAGAUGCCAAAUUGGGGGAAAUUUAAAGGUUUGUCAGAUUGGUAGACUCGUACCCAGUCGCCACUAAUAUUUAUUCGCGCAAAGAAAUUAUAUGGAAAGGCAAUUUGACGCGCGCUAAGGCGCUUGGGAAGGAGGGAGAAAUCGCGUUUUUCAUCCUUCCUUCCCUUGAUGCACCGCAAACUCACUAAAUCCUUCCCAUUAAUGACAGCGCAUUCAGAGAAGCGACUAGUUACAAGUCUGUCAGAUUGGAACUAGCUGGAGUUCAAACCCAGCUAAUUCUUCCUGGGUACCUAUAUUUGACAGUUUUUCUUUAAAAACUUAAACUGAUAUGUCGGUAAUGUCGAAUUAUUGAAAAAAUGCAUUGGGAAAAUCAGGUUUUCUGAAUAUUGAUCAUAGACUUCCCUCAUUAAGGAUUUAUUGUAUUAUUUCUUGCAUUUCAAUAAUUCAAUAAUUCGGAAAGAAUUAACUGGUCUUUGAAUUCCAGUACAAAACUUUGAAUUUCCCGCCAUCUUCCCCUGAUUACAUGUACCGUGAUGAAAAAUUGUGGGAAAUUCAAAUUCCAAAACGUUAUGUAUUUUAUCAUGAAACUCAGAAAACUGUGAGAAAUAAAAAUUUCUGGCAUGUUAUUGUUGCAUGAAAACUGAUAUUGUUAACAUGUAAAACUUUUCUGGUAAAGCAGUCGACAUCUAAAGAAGAAAAAACUUACAGGAUUUCGAGAUAACAGAGAGUUUCAAAUUGCUAAAAGAAGUCAGAAAAGCUAAUAUAUUACAAGUCAUAAGAUUAUCGUAAUUUCCCGCCGUUAAAUCCACUCUAUUCUACAUGACUUGCUUGAGGAGGAUGAAUUUGUAAAACCUCCUGCCUGAAAUGGCUACCCCUUACUUUGAAAAAUUGAAGCGCCAAACCAUAAAUGAGAAAGACGGCAAAAGGAAGAAAAGAAAGAAAUGUUUUUUUAUUAAUAAAAAGCUGAAAUUUUUAUUAUUUUUUAUGCUUUGCCCAUAGGUGGUGCUAACCUUCGUGUGGAACUAAAUUUAGAGUUGACUGAUGAGAUAUUUGAUUCGGAGUUGGCGAAACCAGGGUCGGAAAUGUUUAGCAACAGAACGUUCUGGAUCGAGAAAGAGGUUUGUAUGAAAUUUAAAUGUGGAAUGUGACCAUAAUUGUUGCAAAAGGAUAAUAGCUUACGCCAGAGGUAAGAUUCUUUAAACUCUAAGUUACAUUUGCUGGGCUGUAUUUGGAAAGACUGGUUGCUUUAAGUACUGAUUCCUGUGUGUUCUGGUCAUCUUUGAUUUCAAACAGAAAGCAGGAUUAGGGCGAAUAGAACUGGAAAUAAUACGGUCACUAGAGUGAGCAAAAAACUGACUCCCCACCCUGCCCCCACCCCCUUUCGUGCCCCCUCCCCUCUCCCUUUGGUCCGUGCAAUACAACCCUAGCGCAUAUUAACGCUCAAGUACUUUCCAAAAGACGUUUGGACCGGCAUUAAUAUUUGGCCAUUACACUAAUUAAGGCCCUCGAAUCUUUGAUCAAUUUUGCAUAAGGUACCAAACUCAUAACUCUCGUUUGGCAGUAUACUGCAUAAUACAGUCGACUACCUCUGUAAGACAGACACCUCUGUAAAACGGACACCUAGAGUUGGCCCCUGCCUUUGCUUAUUCCCUUUAUUUGACUCUCUAUAAGAUGGACACCUCUCUAAGAAGGACACUUAGUGCCGGUCCCAAAGGUGUCCGUCUUAGAGCAAGUUGACUGUAACACCACCUCACCGUCUUUUUGCAGGUGAUCAAACUCAUGGGUGAAAAUUUUAUUUCAAAAGUGGACAACUUCAAAUUUUGGUAAGAAUUGUUCAUUGCAUUUUUUUUUUUUGACAAAACAGAAUUAUGUUGAAAUGCCCGGCCAGAAUCGAAUAUUUGGCCCUUAAACAUAUAUCUUCUCGGCAAAAGAUGAAAAAUUUUUGCCUAUUAUAAAUAUUUUAAAUGAAAUGGGCGUUCCACUGGAAAAUUUCCGGGAAUUAGUGUAAUUUUGGAAAGAUUGUCACGUUAUUCCGAUGGAAAUGCAUAUUCUUUCACAAGGACUCACCAGUCCAAGGCUGUGCCCUUAUUUUAAAUUUUGGCGAGAGAGGAUAGCGAAUGAAACUUGUAUCGAGUAGAACACAUUCUCCACCUGAUGGACCUUUCCAUCGAUGUUUCCGAAAAUUUUGGGUAAAUGGAAAGCGGCCUCACGUCAAAAUCAGACUAAAAAAUGCAUCCUUUACGAUCUUUUCAGGAAUAUGACACAUGUCGCGGUCAAUUUUACUGUGCGAUUUGUUGGUGUUGGGUACCAGGCAAUAGAGCCACUGGAAAGGACUCUCGCGACAGAAGGCAUGCUUGGAAACAGGCCUAUCAAAUUUGUUGCCAUAGAAGGAAAUGACGGUCAGUGAUACUUUUUUAUGGGCAACAGAGCUGUUUUAAUACCACAGCUGCUUGUAGCCUCCAAAAACAUCCGUUUCUCCACGCUCUUCGUCGCUGGGGACGUUUCGACAGAAAUUCCAUACUGAUGACGUAAAUAUGUCCGGAAUCCGGUCAGAAGCCCUGAUUGGUCGAAGAAGUAGUUACAUUGUUUUAGCUAUUGUUUACGAAUGACAGACAAAAGACAAAAGGCCACAAAGGUCAAAUCUAAACGCGAUGAAUCUCUAACAAAACAGUCAAUAUUUGUGCAAUAUAGUCUUCUCUAGAACCAGCAUUUGAGUUUUGCUGGAACUCGUUCGCAGAUGAAACACAACUCUUUACCAAAAUCUACCAGGAGAAACCUAAAAUUGACUAAAUUUGCAUUUGGAACCCCAUGACUACCGGAUUUAUUAAGUAAAAAUUGAUUUGCGUCAUCAGUAUGGGAUUUCUGCCGCUGAGUCGCAGACGUUCCUCCGCGCGAAACGUGCCGAGCGGCGAAGAGCGAGGAGAAACGGAUGUUUUCGCAGGCUUAGCUGCUUGCCGGUGGAUUUAUCUUAUUGGCAAUAUUUUGUGGCCUCCUACUGAGCUAACCGCCGCGCGUAUAGCUCAAAGGGAUAAGCGCCGGUCUGUCAAGUGAAAUGUCGCCGGUUCAAACCCCGGAGGGACAAACACUCAGAACCCAAACACUGUUCGUCAGGAAAAGGGUCACAUUAGCGGGGCAUUCACCGUAAUUCAUUGCUUUGUUAAUUGUUAGCUGAAUCCUAAGCAGUCUGGCUAAGCGUCUCCCAGUUAGUGUUGUAAAUUAAGGUGGAUUUCCACUGUCGUAUGAGAGGUUAUUAAGAACAACCUAAGGAGACAAUUCUCCUUGACGGGAUUACCUGUUGGUCUUUCGCAAAAGCCAAACGAAAAAAAAAGCCUGCAUGGAACUUAUACAAGAAUGCUUCGAAUAGUGAAAAACAUAUUUUGGAGGGGCAAGAAUAACAAUAGUGAGCUUUAUGAUAGUCUAGAAAAGCUGACCUCUACCAUUCAAAAUAGAAGAGUUUCUCUUUCUGGACAUGUUUUUCGUGAUGAGAGCUCUCCGGCGCAGCAGCUGAUACAUUUUAACAUGGCUGCUUUCUGCACAUGGGAUGGCAAAAAGAGGAUGUCCUUCAUAUAUUAACACACUACUGAGGGAUACAGGGCUGGAGAACGUUCGAGCUCCAGUCGUCUUUUAGGCGUCGAUCGGAAGUAAGAAGUAAGUAAAUAUAAUAGAGGCAAUGUUUGUAAAAAGGUCGCGCGUAACUUUAAAAGUUGAACCUCGAUAAACAAUUACGUUUACGCGCAGUCUUUCGUACAUUGCCUUUAUUUUAUUUACGCACGUAAAUUUUACACGCGUACGCAAGUAAAAAUUACGCGGCAGUGGAAAUCCACGUUUAGAGAGGUUAAGCAACAGCGACGACAACGGCAGUGAAAAUACAACUACACUUAUAUUUAAUUAGCCUCACUCAAUUUAAUUUUCAAUUAUAGGGGAGUUUGCUGGAGUUGAAUUCUUUGGGACAUUUUCCAAGUUCCAAAAAAAAAAAAAAGAUGAAUUCGUCAUCGUGUGCUCACGUUCUUCAUAAAAGUUCGUGUUUUUUGUUUGUUUGUUUUUUUGGUUUUGUUUUUUUUUCUUUUCAAAUUUUACCUUGUGGUCGUCCAGUAAACUUCAGAUAAAUGUAUUCAUUGGUGUUAUGCCCGGGCAGUGCUAGUUGUUUUGCUCAGGAAAAUAAUUAUGGCAUUUCCGGCGUUUGAGUGGAUACGAUUUAGCCUGAAAUGAAACAUUUCUGCGGCACGGAAGCAGUGGGGACUGGGGCGGCUUCAGUUGAAGUGCAGUAUGGGUAGAAUGGAGUGCUAUAAAAGGGAUGCUUAUCACGUGGGAAAGCAUUCUAGGCCGACUUCUCGUUUAGCUCACAUUAUUAAUUACUUAUUUGUUUAUUUAUUUACUUAUUUAUUAAGUGAUAGAUUGAGUUUCGCGAGGGAAUUAGCUAGUUUUCGUUGUGCUUUCGUUUGUUUUCGAAUAAUUAUUUUAAAUUUACCGUGCUUUGUUGGAACAUUUUUUUGCUUAGUGAAUGUGGCCACAGAGACCUUCGAGCCGUGUAACCUUCUUAGGGAUGGGCUUUUCAGAGCAUGAGCUAUGGAUCCUACCCAGAUUUCCUGCCGAGUUUUCUCCCUAUUGUUGUUUUUGGCAGGUUUGUUCUGGACUCCAUUCUGACAGUAUAUUUUGUAACCUCAGUGUCGCUCAGCUCUGUUCGAGGUUAUCUACCACAAGUUUAAAUGAAAUAGAAGUUGUAUUAUAACCAAGAGAGGAUAAAGGGGACAAAGAAGGCAUCCCCCAUACACACCCUGUUCCAUAGGUAAUUCGUCUCGAGCUAUUUUUAAGACCACAGAUCCCAAGGGGGAUUAGACAACAGCCAAUUACAUAGCGCGAAUGUGUUCCGCGUGGAUGACCCACGCUCAGAGCCACGCGUCCUUUACGAAUUCGUGCUGAAAAAAAUGGCGAAGGACGCAGAGAGCGAUAUUGCUAUUCGUUUUGUCGACGAAAACGACUAAAGAGAGAGUUCUACUAAAGCGGUGUCAGCGAAAUGGAAAUUAAUCGCUCUUCCUCUCUUGUAUAGAGCUAGCAGUACAGCAGGGAAAUCCUUAACACACUGAAUAUUCUCUCAGGAUCAUUUAUAAUUUACAGUUUGAUGAGAGCAAUUUCUGAUUUGAUAUUCAUUCUUUUAUUAGUCUUUUAUUAUUCGACAAAAAUAACACUUGGCGUCCUACUUGCUUCAUUGUACAAACGACCGGUUUCAAUAGACCGGCGAAAUUUCUCAUUUUAUUAAAGCACUGAGGUCACGAAAAGUUCCUGUUAAACUGAUUUCACGGGUUGUCAAAGAGUCCAGCGAUUCCCUUCUCCCAGGUGAGCGCCGACUCAUUUCGCUUCAAUCUUCAGAAAUGCUCUCGAUCUCUUUACGCUUUCAUUGCCUUUCACCCGACAUGUUUUGCUCGGCGUUUACAUCCUCCACACAGCGCGCGAGGUAACUUUAUCCCGAUUCUAAAAAUAACUCGAGACGAAUUACCUAUGGAAUAGGGUGUGUAUGGGGGAUGCCUUCUCUGUCCCCUUUAUCCUCUCUUGAUUAUAACGUAUUGUUAUACCUCUCGGUACCCGCCCUGAACAGCCAGAACAAACCUAAUGGUUCUCGAUUCAUGUUGUACAGUGCAGUGGAGCCGAAAUGUUUUCUUUUUCGUUUUCGUAAUUACCUAAGCCCCUCAAAAUGCCCUGUGAAGAGAGUGGAUAAAAAGAUAUUUAUUAUUUAUAAUUUACAUUGUUCUUUCACUCACCGUCAUAAACUACAUGCAUUCUAUUUACAAUUUUCUAUGAUUUUUAAAAAUACUACACCACUUCUAUUUGAGUUUAUGAAGUUUCCCAUUGUAGUUGUUUUACGUCAGACAUUACCUUUUCUAAUAAAUACAUAAGUGUGUUUGCUUUUAAUCAAAUGGUAGAGAUGCAAGGUUGUUUUUGUUGUUGAUGUGAUUUGAGUAACGUUUCAAAAGCCAUCAAUGAAUCUCUUGUUUGCCCUUUUCGUAAUGUUUUUUAUCAACUGUUUGUGUGUUUGUGUACAGGAAAGCUCGUUUAUCAGCUCAUAAAACCGCAAAGAAAGUAAACGGAUGGUACACAGCUAUUGUUAUAGCUUUUAGCUUACCUUUGUCGAACACGUUUUGUAGCAUUAUUAGAACUUGAAUAUUCAUAAGUCCUGUUUCACGUUCACUGUUUUCUGCAAUUGCCAGAAAGUACUCCCACUGUCGUAGAUUAAGAUUUACCAAUAUGGCUACACGACAUUUUUCUCAGUACUUUCAAAACUGCCGUCCGUAGCUCCCUAAGACGCCAACAGUACAAGACUGGAUUUAUAGACGAGUUCAUAAAAGAAAUCGUAUCUGCAAAAUUCCAUGCCUCCGUUUCGUGUUUUUGAUAAAUAGCUAAAAUCAACAUGGAAGCGAAUAGUGGAGAAUAACACAGAAUCAUAAACAUGAAGUAUAUAAAAGUGUUUAUGGCACUUUUUUUUAGAUGCAGAGUACGGUUUGCAGUAUUUAGGUUCUGUACCGCCUGAUGUUGGGCUUGAAUUUGUAGUUGAUGCUGACGAACGAUCAGAAAAAUUUUAACAUAUGAAAACGUCGAAAUUGUAAUGCAAACACCUAUGCCAACAGCCGUGACGUAGAAGAAGAAACUUGUAUUCCACAGUUUGAUGCACGAAACAAAAGCACCAGUGAGCCAAACAGUUAGUGUGAUAUAUAGAGCUCUUUUUGCAGUCAUUAUAUGUGGAUAGGUCAUGUGAUAAUGAAGAGCUAAGUACCUGUCUACGCUUAUGACCGCCAUUGUACAGACUGAAACACCGCAAGCUAACGUAGUCAACCCAAACAUUGCGCCGUAUAAGAAUGGAGCACGUGUAAGUUCUGUGGCAAUGUAAACAGGCUGAGCAAUGAAUCCAACAAGAAUGUCUGAGACGAUAAGGCAACACAAGAAAACGGUAGAGGGCGAGCGAAGUGAAGUUGCCGUCCACAUGGCCGCCAAAACCAACGAGUUUGUAAAGAUAGAUGUAAUCAUCAGUGGCAGAUUUAGCGCACAAUUAAUAAUGGUGAUAUCUGAAAACGACUGUUGUAGUCCCAUUUCAUCAACAGGGAAUGUUUUCUCUUUGAAUGUGCUAGUUGUUAUUUUCUACGUUUCUUUUCCUUUACAAAAUAGAGUGUUAGUAAAAUUUAAUAAAAUGCAUGAUGAAGAGGGCUUUCAUCCAUUUCCUGCUGAUAACGCACCAAAUCAUUUUUUUCUUUUGGCAUCUUAACAAUUGGUUUCAAAAAUAAACAUCUUAGUCUUUUAAUAGUAAUAAAUGGCAUGUUCAACGUAAACAUUCUAACAAAAUAUAUACCUUUUUUAAUUUCCCUGACACCUGACCUGCAGAAUUGAAUUUUAAUUAAAAUCGGCUUCGAAAGAAAAUUAAAUCAUCAAAAAAGGCAAAACUGUAAAUGCUUCUGGUCGAAAAACUAACAUGACUUUCAAAAGCGUCAUGCCCGGCCAGUGCAUGUUACUUGUUUUGCUCAUGAAAAUAAUUAUGGUAUUCGGGCGUUUGAGUGGAUACGAAUUAGCCGGAAAUGAAACAUUUCUGCAGCACGGAAGCAGUGAGGACUGGGGCAGCUGCAUUUGAAGUGCAGUAUAGGUAGAAUGGAGUGCUACAAAAGGAAUGCUUAUCACGUGCGAAAGCAUUCUAGGCCGACUCCUCGUUUAGCUCACACUAUUAACUAUUUUUUAUUUAUUUAUUUACUUACUUAUUAAGUGACAGAUUGAGUUUCGCGAGGGCUUUAGCUAGUUACUUCGGCGGAGCGCGAAGUAAAGGAUUCGCGACGUUCAGGAAUGUAUAUAUCAAAGUUGACAUUUCUGGGACAAGAUUGGGCACGCAAAGCCUGUAGGUUUUCGGUUUUAUUCUGCUUUUUAACGAAGUGAGAGCCGAAUUAGUUCGAGAUAUCUCGCGAUCACUUCGAUUUCUUUGAUUUAUUCUUUAAUAUAUUCGAGGAAGAAAGAAUUAUUAUUUUGGCUUUCCGGGGAUUUGAACCGACUCACCUGUGUGACCCGUUAGAUCAGAGGUGACUCUAAGUUGAGGGAUUAGCCGAUUGCGCUACUGCGACCUAAGGUAGUUCAGGGUAUGAAAAAUAGCUAUGAAAUUAUGCACUCUUUUCGCGACAAGAUUGGGCGCGAUAGUUCGUGACUUUUUGGCUUGUUUCGGCUAUUUCACGAAAUGAGACCGGACUACUUCGUGAUAUCUUGAGAUCACUUCGAGUUUAGUCUUUAAUUUACUCGAGGAAUAAAUAGAGGAGAUUACUUGGCCGCGCAGAGACAGGAAAUUUCUCUUCGAGUGUUGAAAAACAUUUCACGAGUGAGCGCUCCUUUCGAACUUUUUUAUGAUGAAUUUAAAGUUUCUAAAAUGCUGCACAAAGGCGUUUUGUCGUUGUAGAGUGUUGCGUCGUAAAAUUGCUUUCAUGCGUUGCUUGACUUUCUCGAUCAAUCUCUACGCUUUUGGAUUAUUCAUGAAUAAUUAAUUAGGACAUGUUUACAUGCAGUUCAGCGUGAAUCAGUAGCUUUGCAUCAGUCACUGAAAUCAUAAAAUAUGUCGAAAAGCUACUAUUAUUCGCCUGUUUAGUAUUUUCUAGAACCUUAUGUCAAGCGAUAUACAAGUUACAAGCGAGUUCUUUUGACGAACUAAGGCUGGUUCAGACGCCAAACUUUUCAUGAGCUAGUACAUUGAACAAGACGCUACGGAGCGUACACUUCGGCGUCGUGGUUUUGGAACUGAUUAAUUGCAAAUGAGGAGGAAUAGGAAGAAAUGAAAUAUGGUAAGAGUAAGGUGCUAAUUUGUGAAAUUAUGGGAUUUUGACCAUCGUUUUCUAGGGUCAAUCAUUUUCAAACCACUUUUUUUUGGUCAUUUGUUGUUGACAAACGUGUGACCUUGUCAACACCUCUCCAUAGAAUUUAAUAUCAAUCGUUCAAUUUUGAACCAGCCCACUUUGGAAAUUGUUAAUAAUGAUGCCACGUAAACAAAUUUUGGAACAAUCAACGAUUUGAUAACAGUAACCUUUCCAUAAAGGAAAAGACCUCGCGCAGACCAUAUGUGUGUACCAAUUUUUUUCACGCUGUUCAGUCUUUCUAUAAAAAAUUUUUCUCGAGUAGUAAUUUUGAUCAUAGGUGUAAUAGACUCCGAGAGCUUUGGGUGGUCUAUUUGCCAUUUAUCACCAAAAAGGUUUGAUUUAUUUUCCUUAAUGAUCCGAUCCACAUUGCUUCAGUUUUUGAGGGAUUAACAACAAACCUGAAAUCCUCUCUUUAAAUCGUCUAACAAACCUGAAAAGGGUUUGGGCUGAGUCGAUGUCUGACAGAACCACAGUUGUGUCAUCUGCGUAUUGAAGCAAUUUUGUUUCCUUCUUGUCAAUAGUAAUACCUUUUAUCAUUAGUUUGUCUUAUUGCGACAGCCAAGGUUUCAACAGCUACUACAAAGAGAUAAGGAGAAAGAGGAUCACCUUGCCCCUCAACUCCUCGUUCGACUGUAAUCAGGAGAUUAUGCCAUUGUUGAUAACACAACUUUGUAUAUUUUGUAAAAAAGAAGCAACCCAUCUAAUAAAGCUCUGGCCAAAAUUAAAGAUUCUAGACAACUUUGUAAAAGCUGCGUUCUAAACUAUCAAAGCCUUCUGAAAAUCGGGAUAAAGAUCAACAAACCAGGAAUGUUUUCUUCAACAGUGAAGUUCAUUAUGUCAAAAAUCGAUCGUACUUUUUUUAUGCCGAUAUAGCGGCUCUUUUAUAAAUCCAGUUUGAUUGUAAUGGAUGAUGAGUAGAACAUUUUGUAUUCUAGCAGCUAUAACUUUAAAUAUAAUUUUCGCAUCCACAUUUACCAAAGAUAUCGGCCUCAGUUUUCCAGAAAGGAUCGAUUUUCCCUUUUCUUUUCGAUGAGCGUAAUUACUUUGCUUUUGAGGCGCGACAUUUCACCUUUUUCUCGGAAGCAUUCGUUAGCAACAGAGAACGAAAGGCUCACAAAGUAAAGGCCAAAAUUUUUAUAGAAUUCGAUAAAUUCCAUCGUUCCCUGGAGUUUUAUUGUUUUGAAACUAUCCAAGAUAAGUGCGCAUUCUUCUGAGUAAUUUCACCACAAGACAUUUUUGUUCUUCACAGUUUAAAGAUGACAAAUCUUUAAAAAGGAUUUAAUUUCGUGCAAAUUUUCAUUAUUCAUGUGUUCUUACUCAGUACAAUUCUUGAUAAAAACGUUGUUGUUCGGACAAGAUCUUUUGACGGAUCCGUGGUAGACGAGCCGUUGAUAUUUAAUUUUCUCCUUAUGUUUUUUGACAUGAUUUCUUUUUCUAGGUUUAAAAGUAUUUGGUGCUUUUCUCGCCAUGCUCGUGCCAGCGGGCUCGCUCGAAUAAUUAUUCGCUAACCUUUUCUUCAUAAAAUAAUUCAGCAUACCUUAGCACAGUUAAAUUUGCAUUCAAAAUACUGGGAUCUGUUUCAAAGCACACUUUGCAUUAGCGAGUUUGUUCUUGGAGUUCCUUUUUCUCUUUUCACUUCUUUCUCGAGCUUUUCUUUUGAAUACUGUAUAGUGUGCGCUCUAUGUUGUAUUUUAACCAGUCCCAAAAUACUUCGGUCCUACGACCUUCAGCUAACCAGAUAGGUAUCCUCCCGUGAUGCCAUUAACGUAGUCUUCAUCAUCUAAAAAGGGAGCAAUUCAUUCCAGAUACCUGGACCUUUGAUGUCAUCAGAUUUGUAUACAAGUUCAAGAGUAAUAGCUGCAUGGUCUGUUCUAAUUGCCGGGAUUAUCUGCUGCUUUAACUAGAUCAUGUAAGAAUUUGAGAUCAGCCAAUGGUCUAAACGACAAAAGAUCGUAGGCAAAUUUUGACCAUGUAAAGCGUCAGGAUAUUCUAAAAAGAGCAACAUCCAAGAGGCCUACUUGCCAAAAACUAGCAUUUCGGGGCAAAUUGUCUCUGAGAUAUUAGCCCAGUUAUGCUCUGAUGACUCCCUACAAAUCCUUCUAAAUUUGACUUGGGAGUAAACGUUUAGACCUAAGUCAAAUACGAGGUUAGUGGUGGUGAUCAACAAGUCUAACAAAACAAACAGUGAAAUGAACUCCAGUAUUUUUUUCGUAGUCAUAUCAGGCUUCAAAAACAGCAUAGUCUCAUGUACUGAUUAAAGAUAUGUAAGGCAUAGGUAAGGAGUCAGUUACGUUGAGCAUUGAAUUAGCUAAAACUUAAUGUUACGAGUUCGAAUGUUUUGAGGAUAAUUAUUCACUGUCUAUCCGCACUCAGGGAUGUCGGAUUUACACAAGGAAGUUCACACUUGACUAAACACAGCUGUCCAGCUCGUGGGAAAAAACUUAGUUCGUCAAAAGAACUCGCUUGGAACUUGUAUACCGUUUCACAUAAGGUUCUAGAAAAUACUAAACAGGCUAAUAGUAGUAGCCUUUCGACAUAUUUUAUGCUUUCAGUAACUGACGAAAAUCUGCUGACUCAUGCUGAAAUGUAAACAUGCCCUAAUAAAUUAUUCACGAAUAAUCCAAAAACGUAGAUAUCGUUCGAGAAAGUCACGCAACGCAUGAAAGCAAUUUUACUACGUAACACUCAAUAACGACAAAAUGUCUUUGUGCAGCAUCUUGUAACUUCAUCAUAAAACAGUUCGAAAGGAGCGCUCACUCGUGAAAUGUUUUUCAACACUCGAAGAGAAAUUUCCUGUCUCUGCGCGGCCAAGUAAUAUCCUCUAUUUAUUCCUCGAGUAAAUUAAAGACUAAACUCGAAGUGAUCUCAAGAUAUCACGAAGUAGUCCGAUCUCAUUUCGUGAAAUAGACGAAACAAGCCGAAAAGUUACGAACUUGCACGCCCAAGCUAGUACCGAAACUAGUGCAUCAUUUCAUAACUAUUUUUCAUAUCCCGAACUACCUUUUGUCGCAGUAGCGGAAUCGGCUAAUCCCUCAACUUAGAGUCUCCUUUGAUCUUGACGGGUCACACAGGUGAGUCGGUUUAAACCCCGGGAAAGCCAAAGCAACAAGACGCUGUGGGAGCGUAUAUUUGGGCGUGGUCGUACUACAGGUACGAUACUUUGAAUAUGCCUUAUUGCAGCUAAACAACUGUCAUCAUAUCCUACCAGAGAAGAUAAAUCCUUUACUCCACUUGUUUGCUGCACCACACAGCUUAUACAGUAUGUCCCAAUCCCCAACAAAAAUUGUGUCAUUUCAUGACAAUGUUUGAAAAUAUGCACAUCUUCAAUGCAGACAUGCUUGGAGCCAAAUUGCAACAUAGGGCAUAAGUAAGGUUUAUCUCAGCUCCACUGAUACUGACACUUUGAGGAAGAUUGACUGACAGAUGUGUUUUCACAACCAUCACAUUGUACAGUGUAUUCCGGUUACUAACAAGAGCAAAUAAAGUUCCUUAAGUCCAGUAUCCUCAGGGAUUAAUAAAAGAGUAACACAUUGCAUAAACUGCUAUAGGGCAGCACUGUUUACAGGAACAUUGGUAACUAUUAACAUUUGAUAUACUACAAUUUUCAAAGUUCAAAGGUGGCAAUAUGUACACCUUUAAGUUCAUAUAUAUCCACAUUCCUAUGUAGAGUCUGAAAAUAUUGUACUAAUUUAUGCAUGGAUGGUGUUUCCAACAAUACACAUACCCCUUCACUAUGACUGUUAUAAUACAUAUCUCUAGCAUGAGAAUCAAAUACAUUAUAUCCCCCAACCUCAAUGUUGUAGAUACCAACACCAAUAACUGCCACCGUUAAAAUGAAUGAGUUGUAGUUCAGUGCCGUGUGUGUUUCAAAUGCUGUACCCUGUGAGUGGAAUUAAACAGUAGUGAUACCCCUCAAUUCUGGGAUCAUCAUGGAUGUUACAAGUAUAACUGUCACUGUAUUCAAGGUGGAAAAACUUCUCAAACACUGUAACCAUUCCUGGCAGUUCUGUUAAGAUUAACAGAGAUUGUCUUGCAAGCAGUGACAGACUAGAUUAUAAUUGAAUACCAACAAUCAUUAUUUGAGUCAUAUCAUCAACUGAAGUAAUAUUUGUUAUCUUACUGUAUAUUAAAGCGCACAGACUCAUUGCGACACACUGUUGUCCAGCAUUUUCCCUAAAUACUGUAACGUUUCCUUGACAGUAUGGAGCAUGAAUUGUUUUUGUAGCAUCUACAUAAACUGAAGGUCUUGGAUUCCUCUCGAUAUAAGUACAAAGCUUAAAUUGGCCAAAAUUAACCCGGUGAUUCAAACUGUUAUAAGCACCAUAAAUUGGAUAAUUGCAUGCAUGUACAGAGGGGCAAAUGGAAUUGGAAUUGGAAUGGAAUUGUAAGUUCUGUUAUAAAUAAAUUUCCCACGACGAGAUCUCAAUUUAACUUCUUUUAUUUCCUCUACAACACAAUUUUCCUUCUGUACAACAAGCUCAUUACCUUCUCUUGACGUCACCUCGUGGCCAUCAAAACACUCUAACAAAACUUGCUGAUAAUGCAAAGUCCAGACGCAAAUGUACGCGAUCAAAAUAUACACAACUACAUGAAAAAACACAACACGCAAUACAAAAACAAGUACAUUAACCGUCACCCUGCUAAACAACAUUGAAAUAAUAAAAAGAAUUGUUGCAGUUAUCACAGUAGUUCCAAAAGAAGGGUCAGUCCCUUUUGGUUUCAAUUGUUGACAAUCGUCUCUCCCUUCAUCGGAACAGAUUUUUAACACAGGCAACUCGUUGUGUUCCGCAAUGCAAAAAUGAAAAUCACUAUUGUCACACUGAUAACCAGCUACACAAAUCUUCCGACUCUCAAACUUGUUAAUCAUUCCUCUGUUCAAACUCUUAUCUAUUUUACACGUACACUCCUGAUAUUCCAAUUUGUCAUUGCGUCUAUGGGGUCCAUUAGUCAUCGAUGUCAUUGAGUGUCUUGAUAAUUUCCUUUGUUUUUCGUUAAGUUCGCGGACCAGCCCAUUCCGAAAACACUCAGUGUUAAUUUCUAGUGGGGGCCUGCCGCGAACAGUGUGUGCAUUUGUAAGUUUAACCCGGGAUAACAUAAUUGAACAAAUAUAUUAACACGUUCCUCGAAACGUCGCGGCCAAAGGUCAAAUGUUCUCCAAACUGCUUCUUACUGCCUGCUGCUUCGAAAAAUUUCGGAUCAAACGAUAUCCAAAUCGUCCGUCAUUGGAUUAUCCACUCGACCUAACAAAAUCGACCAAUCACAAGAUAAGGAACAGAAAAUGGAUAUAAAAUAAAGAAAGCAGGAAAAUCAGAUGACCUCUUAGGAAACAUACAAUUAAAACUGUCUUUCUAUGAUAGGUGCAUUUCGAUCCUCUCGUCAAAAAAAUGCCAGACGCCAAUCAUCUUAGCGGACCUCUUAGAAAACGAAAGUUUACUUCAACGGGCUCAAAGGGUCAUUGUUUGUGUUUUGUGAUUGGUGGAUUUCGAUCCGUUUUGUGAGUUUCUGUGUUUCAAGGUUCGUUGCUUGUGAUCUUAUUGUGACUAAAACCCGACGUUGAUAUUCCAAAUAUUUUUGAUAGAUUUCAUCCCUGGACUUCAGACAUCCAAAUUUCGAUGAGGCAAAAAUACUGAAGAUUCAGAUUAACUUUUGAGAUCGUAAAAGUGCGAUAAAGUGCCGUGCUACAGGAUUCGAAUUAGGUUGGGUUCAUGAAAAGAUCGACGUCUGAACCGGGCCUAAGUUUUUCCCACGAGCUGGAGUGCUGUGUUUAGUCAAGUGUGACGAAGGUCGAUGUUCAAGUUCUAUGUUUACACGUUGGCGGAAGCCAUAAGUUAUUCUAGUUAAGAUAUUCGAGUUAAGUUCAACUGAGAGUUUGUUAUUAUUCGCAGAGGCUGUUAGUUUUACUUAAGUUCAAGUUAAGUUUGUGUUGGCGGAUGCUGUGUAAAGACUAUGUUCCUUCGGUAUUAAACUUGCUUGUUUUUAACCCAACAUCCCUUCGUGCUGAUAGUCAGUGAAUAAUUAUCCUCAAAACAUUCGAACACGUAACAUUGAGUUUUAGCCAAUUCCAUUUCAGCGUAAUUGACUCAAUACGUGAGAUUGCUAUGCUGUUUUUGAAGCCUGAUUUAAGAAAAAUAGAGAAUUCUUCAUUUCACUGUUUGUUUUGUUAGACUUGUUAUUCACCGCCAGUAACUUCAUAUUUGACUUAGGUCUAAACGUUUAGUCAAAUUUAGAAGGAUUUGUAUGGAAUCAUCACAGCAUAACUGAGCUAAUAUCUCAGAGACAAUUUGCCCCGAAAUGUUAGUUUUUGGCAAGUAGGGCUCUUGGAUGUUGCUCUUUUCAGAAUAUUCUGACAAAUCUUAUAAUUUUACAAAUUAACACCUUACUCUUACCAUAUUUCAUUUCUUACUAUUCCUCGGCGGUUACAAUUAAUCAAAUUCACAACCGCGACGCCGAGGUGUACGUUCCGUAGCAUCUUGUGUUCGUUGUGUUUUCUUUUGUUUUCGAAUAAUUAUUUUGAUUUUACCGUGCUUUGUUGGAAUGCAUGCUUAGUAAAUGUGGCCACAGAGACCUUCGAGCCUUGUAGCCUAGUAGGGAUGAGCUUUUCAGAGCAUGAGCAAUGGAUCCUACCCAGAUUUCCUGCCGAGUUUUUUCCCUAUUUUUUUUUUUUUCGGCAAGUUUUUUCUGGCCUCCGUUCUGACAGUAGUUUUUGUAAACUGUCGCUCAGCUCUGCUCUAGGUUAUCUACCACAUGUUUGAAUGAAAUAAAAGUUGUAAAAUAUAGAUUUAGCCACAGCUAAAAGCGAAGCUCCCACUGAUAAAUUUAUAACUUAAAUCAAACAAUAAUUUUGUAUUCCACAAAUCAGUUAACUUAAGGGCACAUUCAUGUGACUUCUGAGGGAAAAGCUAAGUGAUUUUGGAGUGAAACAAACCUUGUAUCGAGUUGACAUAGCCUUAUAUGUACAGACAAAAAAUAGUCCGGUCACAUUUAUGAGCAAUAAUGGCUCUUGAUCACAGUAGAUAAGGCGUGGAAAACAAGUUCUUGGAAAACACAUCAGGCCGAAUUUUUUGCGUUCGACAAGUUUACAAAUUCUUGCCAAUAAAUCUGGGUGCUUGCAAACCAUUCUUUUAUUUAUUUAUUUAUUUUUUUUAUACACCACAUCUGAGGAGAAAGAGUGCUAUGAGGCGCUUUUUCUAUCCUACAGACCCGGUACAAAAUGCAGUAUUACACAAUUUUUCAAGACAAAUUGCAUUCAUUCAAUACUCAGGAUUAUCGAAGCACGCGUGGACUUUUAAUCAGCGAAACCGUUCAAAAAAUUUCCAAAAUCACCUAUACGGCCAGCCGGUUCUAACUUUUGACAAGCGCCAAAUUUGCGAAGAAAUUUUAAAAGAGUUACGCUUCAACGUGAUAAAGAAUUCAUUGAGUCUAUUGUUUCUUAAUGGUUUUAUAACGAUGUGUAAUCUUAAAAAGCGUUUGAUACGCUCGGCAUUUUGAUUACUCCUGCAAGCGAUGUUUAUGACCGCCUGAAAACAAACGGCAAAGCGAUGAAAAUUACACUUUUGAGAUUACUAACAAUCAAUAAAGAAAAUUUACACUUUUGAGAUUACUAACAAUCAAUAAAGAAAUAUAAUUCGGUAGAACAUUUACAGAGACAACAAUUUUCAUUCACGAAAACAAAUGAGUAUUUAAGUGUCUCUAAAAAUCCUCAAGUCUUUACUAGUAAGCUUGAAGAUUAAGUUUAUGUUUUAAGCCGCCGGUUUCCCGGUGUUUGCUUUUUUAAAGAUGAACUCAUGAACUCAAGAAAAUCGCUCAAAGCUUUCUUUCUAAAGCCAAAAUUAUAACUAAAUAUUCUUCGGAAAGUUUUUUCUUUAUUUACGGUGAAUAAAUAUCGGCUAAAGGCUUUUUAAAGUUUUGUAAGCUUAAGCUUAUAUCAAACCUCAUACUAGGUCAGAUCAGUGUCUCAGUCAAAUCUUAUACAAACGUGCAUAAACUAGCUUCAUAAACUGCGCCGCUGGACUUCAUGAAAUUAGAUAUAAAUACAAUAAUUACUCAGGCUUACCAUAUUUCGAGAUGCAGCUCCUGAAAGCUAUCAAGUAAGGCAAGGAUCGCUUGAACCUUUAUAAUUCUCGUACGCAUCCAGCAAGGUGAAAAACAAAAACGAUGCCAUCCGAAAUCGGAUUAUCGGCUUUGACAAGCGACGCAUUUCUCAACCAAAAACCCAAUAAACAAACCAGCCAUGAAUAAGAGAACACUCUUGACAGCAGCUGUAUUUCAUUUUUUACAUCCAGUGGAAAAAGACAGUUAAAAACAUCACAAGUUGACUCAAAACUCUGUUAGCUUCAGCUGUCAAAGUAAACAACUUUCGAGAUGCUGUAUAAAUUUUACGCAUGAACUCACCUGUCAAAUUUUAACCAAUCAGAGCAUAAAAAUUGAACGUGGAGCGUGACCAACACGUGACCAUGGUUAGAAAAGGUCUUACCCGCCUGUAUUUUAAAAAAACUGGCUGAAUUUUUGCGUCUGAGGUCAGUUUGAAAUCAAAAUCGUAAUAGUGCGGGGCGAUACUGACAUAAACAGAACAUAUUUGAUAUGAAUUUAAAAAAUAAGUAAACGUGAGCCUGCGAUCAUUUAAAAACGAGUAAAUUGUCAGCGCAUAACUUCAAAAAUACUCGACCUUAAUGGGUCGACACCUGAGCCCGCGAUACGAUCAGGUGAUACUGGUCAGCGGAUACCCUGUUUUGACAGCUGUCAAUUAAUGACGACAUUGAUGUACAAUCAGCUUUCUCCUGGGCUUCCAAAGUAGCUAGAACAGGGGGGGCUGGCAACGGCCUUUGAUCUUGCCGCUUUUUGGCUUUCCAUGAUCGCCCCAGUUAAGAAAUCUGUCAAUCAUUCGAGAAUAGUAGCGAGCAUGCGCAGAACGGACUAGGAACAACAACAAGAAGAAGUUCGUUUUUCGCAGCGAUUCGACAAUGUGAAGUGAAUUCGCUUUUGGUCCCGUUGGUCUUUGCUUUCUUUGCUGUAACCAAUUCUUGUCCUCGGUAAUGUGGAGCUUACGUUUUCCUUUCUUCUGGUCUUGGAUUUGUCAUUACAUGCGGUUUACUACACUAAGACCAGUGGACAUUGAUCGUAAACAGAUUGUUCCUCGAUGCCCGACCUUUUCACUCAGUUCACCUCUCUAGAUGCAGGCUUUCAAGAUGUGUUUCUGUUUAGAAAACCCACCAGACUAGAGAAGGGCCAACCCUCAAAUACGGAUGUAGAAGAGUUUAUAUUUUCAAGUGAAAGGCCCAAAAUUAAUUCUUCGUGAUAUGAACAAAAGUGCUGUGGCUGUGGUCGAGUAGAAGAAUUGUCAGAGUUGUUUACGGUUUUACUACACCUUUAAGACGACAAGAAAUGAUGAUUGAGAGUCUUAAUUCUUCAUACUUGAUUGUGAACUUAUCCUGGAAGAGUUGCGUUGGAUGAUUGAGUGGCAUGGUCAAAUCUCGUAUUUCAUGUAUUUCUUUAUGUACUAGAAGCUAAAUAAAAUUUUGCCAAGAGAUCAUUCUCUCUUUAUUUUGCACAUGUUGAUAUGCUUAAGUUCUUAUUUUCCUGUGAUUUAAUUUAAACUUUACCGUAGUUUCCAAUAAAUGACGCUUAGGUAAAUGAAAGGGUAACUAUUUUGUGCGUUUGGAAUUCUCUUUUCAUGACAGUAGUUAUUACACUACCUUUAGUUUGAGUCUUCAUUCAAGUGUGUUUUGUUGCUGGCCAACAGAGAGAAAAAUUAUAAAUUCCAAAAACUACACUACCCCUUGGAACAAGAUUAUGGUUUAAAAAGUAUUAGCUAAGUUCAGGAAAUAAAUGUUCAAGUUUGCAUGUUUUGACAAGGACCACAUCUGGUUAAAUAUGCUUCAAAUCAGGAAAAUGGUUACAUUUCUAUUUUUGCCUUCCCUCUGGCCACUGUGAUCAGUUUUUGCCAUACAGUUGCAUGUAAUUUUUUACAUCUUUGGGCACUAACGUGCCAGGUUAGUUUGUGUCUGUAUAAAAAUGCAGUUAAUGAAAUCAAACCCUCCUCAACUUAAAAAUUCCCUUGUACUAGUGGAUGUGAAAAACACCAUAGGAUGCCUUGGAAAAAAAAUUUAAAAUGAUUAUUAAGAUAGUAUUAUUUUUAGUCAGCAAUAACAGUUGGAAGCUUGUGUUGAGGCGGGCAAAAACAUUUCUUUGGACCAUAAACCUUCACUGACUUUGCUCUUACAACAAGUGGUAAAAGAGUAUUAAAAUGUGAGAUCACCUCCGUGGGUUUGCACUGAAAGUGGGUAGUAUGACACAUUGUUCAUUUUCCUACCCUUUUUAAGCCAAGAGACCUUAUUUUAUAAUCUGAUUCAUUUCAUUUUAGCAUACAUAUUUCAGUUAGCUUUUAAACUUAGAAACAUGGAAAAAACUUGGGGAAAAAAUGGUGGUACAAAACAUGUAACUAUGGACUGCUCUUCAUCAACCUUUACAGCCCAGGCACCCUGUUCAAAACUCUAAAAGGUGAAAUGGUAACCACCCUCAAUCAGCAGCACAUACCCAUCUAGGCCAAAUAAGUCAUGGGUAGUAUGGACGGACGGGCAGCGGGCGGGCGGGCGGGCGAUGUACGGUCACGUGAUUACCAAAUUUUCUGGGAUGGGUAGUUUUCUUUACCCAUGGUGCUCCGCAGGCGCGCGAGCGCGCCAGAGCUCCGCUAUUAUAACGUAUUGUUAUACCUCUCGGUACCCGCCCGGAACAGCCAAAAUAAACCUAAUGGUUCUCCAUUCAUGUUGUACAACGCAGUGGAGCCAAAAUGUUUUCUUUUUCGUGUCCUUAAUUACCUAAGCCCCUCAAAGUGCCAUGUGAAGAGAGUGAAAGAUAUUGUUCUUUCACUUCACCGUCAUAAACUACAUGCAUUCUAUUUACAAUUUUCUUGAUUUUUAAAAAUACUUGACCACUCGUAUUGAGUUUAUGAAGUUUCCCUCUGUAGUUAUUUUACGUCAGACAUUACCUUUACUAAUAAAUACAUAAGUGUGUUUGCCUUUAAUCAAAUGGUAGAGAUGUAAGGUUGUUUUUGUUGUUGAUGUGAUUUGACGUUUUAAAAGCCAUCAAUGAAUCUCUUGGUUGCUCUUUUCGUCAUAUUUGUUAUCAACUGUUUGUGUGUUUGUGUACAGGAAAGCUUGUUUAUCAGCACAUAAAACCGCAAAGAAAGUAAACGGGUGGUACACAGCUAUUAUUAUAGCUUUUAGCUUACCUUUGUCGAACACGUUUUGCUGCAUUAUUAGAACUUGAGCAUUAAUAAGUCCUGUUUCACGUUCACUGUUUUGUACAAUUGCCAGAAAGUACGCACGCAUGUCCUUGUUUAAGAUUCACCGAUUUGGCUACACGACAUUUUUCUCAGUAUUUUCAAAACUGCCGUCCGUAGCUCCCUAAGACGCCAACAGUACAAGACUGGAUUUAUAGACGAGUUCAUAAAAGAAAUCGUAUCUGCAAAAUUCCAUGCCUCUGUUUCGUGUUUUUGAUUAACAGCUAAAAUCAACAUGGAAGCGAAUAGUGGAGAAUAACACAGAAUCAUAAACAUGAAGUAUAUAAAAGUGUUUAUGGCACUUUUGUUGAGAUGCAGAGUACGAUUUGCAGUACUUAGGUUCUGUACAGCCUGAUGUUGGACUUGAAUUUGUAGUUGAUGCUGACGAACGAUAAGAAAAAUUUUAACAUACGAAAUCGUGGAAAUUGUGAUGCAAACACCUAUGCCAACAGCCGUGACAUAGAAAAAUAGACUUUUAUUCCAAAGAUUUAUGCACGAAACAAGAGCACCAGUGAGCCAAACAGUUAGUGUAAUAUAUAGAGCUCUUUUUUCAGUCAUUAUAUGUGGAUAGGUCAUGUGAUAAUGAAGAGCCAAGUACCUGUCUACGCUUAUGACCGCCAUUGUACAGACUGAAACACCACAAGCUAACGAAGUCAACGCAAACAUUGGGCCGUAUAAAAGUGGAGCACGUUCAAGUUCCGUUGCAAUGUAGACAGGCUGAGCAAUGAAUCCAACAAGAAUGUCUGAGAUGGUAAGGCAACACAAGAAAACGGUAGAGGGCGAACGAAGAGAUGGUGUCGUCAACAUGGCCGCCAAAACCAACGAGUUUGCAGAGAUAGAUAUAAUCAUCAGUGGCACAUUUAGCGCACAAUUAAUGAUGGUGAUAUCUGUAAAGGACUGUUGUCCCAUUUCGUCAACAGGAUAUGUUUUCUCUUUGUAUGUGCAAGUUGUUGUUUUCCACGUUUCUUUUCCUAUACAAAAAAGAGCUCUAGUAAAAUUAAGAAAAUGCAUAAUGAAGAGGAUUUUCACUCAUUUCCUGCUGAUAACGCAGCAAAUCAAUUUUCGCUUUUGGCAUUUUAACAAUUGCUUUCGAAAAUAUACAUAUUAGCUUUUUAAUAGUAAUAAGGGCAUGUCCAACGUAAACAGUUAGUCUUCUAUAUACUAAUCGAAACUUUGCUUCAUUUUUAUUAACGAUAAUGGUCGCUGUGACUUGGAGAUUCUCAUGCGUCAAACAAAAUAUUACCUUUUUUAAUUUCCUUGUCAUCUGACCUGCAGAAUUGAAUUUUAAUUAAAACAGGCUUCGAAAAGAAAAAUAAAACAUCAAAAAAGGCAAAACUGUAGAUGCUUUUGGUGGAAAGACUAACGUGAAUUUCAAAAGAAAUCUUUUAGAAUACCUGUUAAGGAAAAUUUAUAACUCUUUGUCGAAUGUUGCUCGUAAACUGAAAUUUCCAGACUAAUUAAUUUCUUUUUAUAUGGAAAUAGAACACGGAAUUAUCCCAGCGUAUUGCACGAAUUAUUGUCGAUUACACACGUUAGUAUUCAAAUUUAUAAGUUUAAUGAAAGGAAUAACAGCAAUGUUAAAAUGUUUUAUAUCCGUCAUUUUAUGAUUUAAUGGAUUACCCGUGCAGAUACUAAAAUAUUUUCAUUCACCACUUGUUUCUGUUCUAAAGGUUUAAUAGAAAAAAAUAUGCAAUUCCAGUCGAGCGUUAUAUAUUAUCAUGAUUGCACUUUCCACUUAAUAAGCAUACAGAUCGAAGGACGACAACCUGCUGUGUUAUCUGUAAUAAUUUGCGGUAAAAACAAGGGCUGAAAAGUGAAUAAAUCAGCUGUGUAGGUACUGCUUAUAAGGUCUCUCUUCAUUGGUCGCAGAAAACAAUGACAUGUUAUUCAUUCAAUUGUUUCAGUGUUGUUGGGGGUCAGGGGUUAGGCACCAUUGGUGAUUUCUCUUUCGAGCAGCUGCUACAUGAACCGAAUGAAUUAAAGACUAGAUAAGAAAGAUCCAUACAGGUAAAACUCUUUAGCUUGCCUAAGUUACCUCAUUUGCCAUGCAUUUUACCCUUAUUAUUACUGUCGGUCGUGAAGGUUCUUUCAACAAUACAAGACCAUACUUCUAGGAGAACUUUCUUCUUGACGCGUCCUUAUGGCUAAAAAAGGUGCCACACCCAACUUUCCCCCGCUGUGUAGCAUAGAACAGAAUGACAGUCUUACUCUUUUAGGUGUCACAUUACAAAAGACUGUAAGUUUUCAUCUCAUGUUAAGAGAAAAAAACUUCGUGAAGCCACAGGGAGCCCACACAAUCUGCCGUGUAAACGAUUGUUAUUUCAUAGUAAAUGUACUAGAUAUACUGUUUGCUUGACUUAUAGCGAUAUAUUGCUAAGUAUGUUUAUAAAUCAAUGUUAAAUAAACGUUGAAUUACCUUUCCUGUGGUAUGUUGUCGUCCUUUUGUCUCAAAAGCGGUUUUUUGAGCAAUUUUAAAGGUUUUUGAGUUCGCCGUUUGCCGUUCCUAAUAAUAGAAGGAACAGCUAUACUUCUGAGUUUAUUAAUAUAUUAAUAUCUAUGACCUUUUAGGAAAGUGUGACCACAGGUUGUUCAUCAAAAUUGAGAACAAUGUUAACAAUCCAUUACAUGCCUUUUUGCCGAAAGUCAAAUGCUCAUCCAAGAGGUUAAGAUCACAAGCAAGUCAAUUACCACGGGGUUAAUGCAGAACGUUUUAAGAAUUGUUGCUUUAAUAGAUUAAGGUUUAAAUACAACUUAGCAAUUAACAAAUAUAGAUAUCAGGUUUUAUAUGAUAAUUGUAAAUAAUCUAUGAGAUUUUCAUGACUUGUAUACUUCACUCACUGUAAUGGGCGAGUAUGGUGUGUAGCGAUGUCGAGAUCGAACCAGUACUUCAAGACAUCUCCGGCGAACAUUUAAACAGAGGAUCUAACAAAGCUCAGGAUGCGAGGUUAGAUAUCCACGCGCGUGGUUUCUGGGAGCGACAUCGUUCAGCAUUCUUCGAUGUGAGGGUCUGUCACCCUAAUGCUGUAUCGUAUAGGGACCUAGAGCCACAACAAAUCUAUCGUAUCAAUGGAACGAGAAAAAGCGUCUCUACUCAGAGAGAGUCCUGGACAUCGAGCAUGGAACAUUUACACCCUUGGUCUUCACCACAACUGGCGGAAUGGGAAAGGAGUGCUUGAAGUAUCAUAGCCGUUUAGCACAGCUGAUUGCCAUCAAAAAAGGGGAGCAGUAUGCCAAAACCAUCUCAUGGAUCAGAACCAGAACCUCAUUCGCGCUAUUGAGAUCUGCGUUGGUUUGUCUUCGAGGCUCUAGGACCAGAAGAGUGCCAUGUGACAUUAAGAAUGUUGAUAUCGACGUCGAAGUUGCUGAAGGAGCCAUUAAAUCGGACUAUUGAUGUGUUUCCUUACUUCAUAUAUAUCUUUUUAUUUCAUUAUUAUUAUUACUAUUUUUUUUUUUUGUUUUUUUUAGCAGUUGAAAGAAACUUUUGAAUCUUAGAGGUUGACAGUUUUCUUUUUAUUGAAAUGAAAUGUUUUUUAAUUCGAAAAAAAUUUUUCUUAGUUUUAAUUAACUUUUUUUUAAAGCUAAAUUAAGUGCUUUUUAAAUCGACAGAAAUUGUAAAUAGUGUUUUUGAAUGAAUAGUUUUUUCUUUUUUUUAAGCGAAUUAAUUGUAAAUAGGAUUUUAAUAGUUUUUUUAAUAAAAUUGUCUAUUAUUUUCUGUAAUGGGCGAAAUAAAGACAUUAUUUAAACUAUUAUUAUUAUUAUUAUUGUUGUUGUUGUUAUUAUUAUUAUUAUUAUUGUUGUUGUUAUUAUUAUUAUUAUUAUCAUUAUCACAUCAAAUUAUCAAAGUAUCAGAAAAAUAAGUAAUAAUUACAAUUUUAAACUAUAUCUUAUUGUUUACAAAUUAAAAACUAAAUUUUAUGUCCACGAUAGAAAAGCUAUUUACAAUUGUGAAUAAUUUAAAAGUGGGAAAAGGAAAAUUAAGCAUUACUAAGAAAAAAAACUGUCAAAAAACUAGGCCUAAAAUUAUGAGCGCAGAUGUAGACCAGCUACAGCGAAAGUGAAGUCUUCUGCGAUUUCACGUGAUUUGAAUGGAUAUCUAUGGAUAUCUUCAUUUAGGUAAAGGGUUCUUAUGGCGCUAGUCGUUAAAUGAUAACAGAAGCUAUCAUCGCGAUGGUAAUGGGAAACUGGCUUAAUUAUGUUUUCUUUUUUCUCUAUCUUACAGUGUACAUACGACCUCUUCAGGUUUUAGCGUACAACACGAGUUCCACGUCUCUGGCCUUAGAGUGGAAUGAACCUGGAGAAUUACUUCAUGGGAUAUUUUGCGGAGUUGAGAUCUCCUAUCGUGUAAAUGGUUCAUCGCAGACGGAAAGAGUCAUGGUCGCAUCUGGAAUACCAAAUUACGAGUUGACAAACCUGGAAUCGUACACAUGGUAUGUCGUAAGUGUCACGCCUCACACGCUGGAAGGUGAAGGAAAGAAAAGUGACGAGGUUGUGGCAAGGACAGGAGAGGAUGGUUAGUAAAACCGCUAGAAUACAGAAUUGAAAAUAGAGUGUUUUCACUGUCACGCAAUGAAAAAAUAACUUUGAAACUAUUGAACGAAAGAAGCCAAGAAAAUUAAAUUUUACAGAAUACUCAUAUAUACACAACAUAUCCAAGUCUCAAAUCUGUACGGCGCACCGUUUUUUAGUUGUUUACCGAAACGUUUCGCGCAGGUUUAUGGAACUUUGUAUGGGACGCCAUACUGGUGUGCCCAGAUGGGGCACCAAUAUGGCGACCAGAAAUCAACAAAGACAUCAGGUCAUCAUCAUCAUCUUCUUUUUGCUUGUAAGCAGAUUAGCAUUCGCAUUAACACGUUUUUUACCGCGUAAAAUGUAUUAACUGCUGAAAAUCGUAAGGAGAUAGCUUUCCUUUAACAAGACAUCUCUGCCAAGGCUAUAACUGUGGUGUCACGCACAGUGAAAAUUCCGAAAUUCAAAAUGCUGUAUUUUCCAAACUGAAAGACGCUACGGGGCUUAAAACCCCAACAAAGAUUUAUUUUUUCGGUCUCCUUCACCCUGGGUACAUACGAAUUCAGAGAGCCUCGCUAUUUUUAUUUUAGAAUUUGAUGACGUCAUGGUGAAAACACUCUCUAGGGCUGAUUAACCAUUACGAUUCCACUUUAACAAAAAAUCCGAGAACUUUUAAAUUCGUAAAAUUUCAUAAAUGAGUGCAAUUCAUGUGUUUUUUUCCUUUUUGCACUCUUCAUGAAAACCCACUCUCCCCUCUCCUUCAAAAAGGCCUUGAAAAACUUCCCCGGAGGAGCUUAACAAAGAGAUUAGUCAAAUAAUCACCAACAUGAAAGAAAUAUUUCGCUUCUCCACCUAACCUAUGACGCCGUGCGUGUUGAUUGACAGUUAAUCUUUAAUUUCUCAAAUCCUCAAGUUCAGAUCAUAGUUAGGAGACUGGUUAUGAAAGACAAUAAACAUCAAAUAUAAAAAAAACGGUGCUGUUGUUUAUGUUGAAAGCUCCCCGAAGGUGCACAAACCUGUUUUCUGUUGGGAAAACUGUGACGGAAUAAAUUAAUGAAACGUUUUUAUUGGUCAAUAACAUGAAAAUGAUAGGAAUGCUUUUGAAUUUUGUGCACCUUCAGGUCCACAAAAACAUAUAACAAAGGAGUCGAACGGGUUUCAUGACCAUUCCAAUCUAUUACCUAUGUUCAGAUGUUAGGGUUUUUUACUAGAAAUCUUAUAAUCCCAGUGUUAUCAUUGCCUCCAGACACGUUUGGCAUGGAUGAGGAUAUAUUCGAAGUUGGCAUGAAAAGGUUUCUCCACUUGUGUCCAAUUGUUAUUACGAAUCGGACCCUUUUAAAGAUUAUUUCCAGUAAUUACGCUUGUGUCUUCAACAGAACUUUGAUAAAAAAUUCCCCGUUGUGGGUACUCGCGACCUGAAAAACGCCCGGAAAAUGCCCUGAGGGGGAGGGGGUGAGCAUGCGUGACAUUUAGUGAGCUAACAGGGGCAUUUAUUUUCAUAAGGUUUGUGCAUGACUUAUUGUUUGUCACCUUUCCAUUGUUUUAAACAAGUUAUUAUUCUCAAUAAAUGGGAGAACAGGUCACUGAGGUGGAACAGGAAGUCAUUGUUAUGGAUAAUAGCCCACUGUUCCACUUUAGCGGUCACAAUAAUGAUCUGCCGGUUUUAAAACAAUGGAAAGGUGUAUUAAAUCACCCUUCUUAAAAUAGAAAACCUUGAGCUACGCGCUCGGUAAUUAUUUUAAAAUACCUCGCCCGUUAGGCAUUGUCCUAUGUAUGUAUGUAUGUAUGUAUGUUAACCAAUUAAUACGCCGUUGUUCAUUACUUGAUCUUGCCUUGUUUGUUUACACAGCUCCCACGUCGGCGCCAUUAAAUGUCAUUGCGUUCCUUAAUAACUCUGGAAGUAUCAUUGUUACGUGGGAACCAGUUCCCGUGGAGCAUCGUUUGGGUGCCAUUCAGGGUUACAAAGUCAUAUACACUGCACAGAGUACUGGCCAACAAAAGGUCCUCACCGUCAACAGGCACGUCUUAUCAACGGAACUACCCAACUUACUUAUAUACACGCUGUAUAACAUACAGGUUUUGGCUUUUAACAGCGCAGGCGAAAGUCCUACUAGUCUGACAUUAACAGUUCGAUCUGCGGAGGACGGUAAGAAAAUAGAAAAUCUCCUAGUCUAUUAAUCUCGACAGUUACAAAGCAUUCGCUUGAUUAUAUAUUAUAUUGAAUUGUACCCUAUUAAGUCCUAUUACUGGAGUGAUUUUACUUAAUCCGUGAAAUAGUUAGUACAAUACUACGCACUACAAUGUAUAAUAAUUUCUGAAAUUUUUCUUUCCGCGUGCUUACAUCCCGCGACUACCCACUCAUCGCGUUAUUAUUUCCUUCAGUCCCUAGUGCUCCGCCACCCGUCGUGGUAGCUCAUGCCACCAGCUAUACCAGUGUGAUGAUGUCAUGGAAAGCCAUUCCAACAGAACAUGAAAAUGGUCUUCUGAGGGGCUACAUGGUACAAUUGGGUGGAAUGGACGAUGACUUGAUAUAUGGAUGUGCUUUGAACAUGAACAUUAUGCAACUGGAGAAAUCCAAGGUCUACAAAUUACGAGUGGCUGGCUUCACUUCUAAAGGGCGAGGAAACUUCAGUGAUUUUGUCAUAGUAAACACAAAUAUUAACGGUAUGGAGCUUUUGCAUCUGGAUUAAGGGCAACCCCUUUUUCCCAUGCAGAACACUUAGGAGAAAAAAUAGCCAAGCUUGCAUCGGAAGUUGCAAGAUGGGUGGAAGGGCAUACCUUCACAGUCCCUGUUUUUGGUGUGGUUUUAGAGCUCAAUUACUCAUUUCCAAUAUUGCCAGUCCGCUAAUGUUGAACAAAGAAUCAGACAGUUCGCAGUCUAUUUUGUAUGAUGUGAACGUAGUACUUGUGUUAGAUGCUAUUUUACUACUUUUGAGAAAUGUUAAAUUAACGAGGACAAACAAUCAAAACAAAUGAUAUGAAAGAAUUGUGGUAACAAGAUUGAAAAAAAUGUUAUCCUUAUUUAGCUCCAUUUGAAUACUUUCACUUGCGAGGAUCUGCCUUCCAUUUUGAAAGGGGAUACUUUUUUCACAUUUUCACAAGCUCUACAUUGGGACAACAGGACAUUCAGAGUAAUAAGGGCUAUUCGUAAUUUCAACCGCAGAUUGUCGUGCUCUAGGCAUGGAAGACCGUAACAUUUCCGAUUUGCAGAUCACUGCCUCCAGUGAGUUGAUUAACACACACUCUGCCAGAAACGCUCGACUGUAUUAUAAGGGAGUACCGGGUGCGUGGACUAAAGCGUACAGUGACACGAAACCUUGGCUUCAAGUUGACUUCCAAGGAAAGGUUACUCUUCUAAAAGUGGCGACUCAAGGACGAUUUGAUCAAGACCAAUGGGUUAAAAGUUAUUCUUUAAGCUCCGCUUACAAUAGUGUACAUUUUGAGCUGUAUAAACAAUUCGGUGAAAUUAAGGUGAGGUGCUUUUGUAUAACGCUUGUUAGUAAGCGCGCAUACGUUAUUUAGCUGCUAGAGAGGGAGAUACUUUACGUGGGGUGUGAUGUAUGCCAUUUGAUUUUGUAACAUAACGAGGAACGUGGAGAACAUAGCAUUUUAAACCAGGUUACUGGUACUACGAUGGUAUGCAGUUAAUUAUAAACAGCUUUUCCUAUAAAAUUAUGGACUUGUUUUCUUGACAUUUUGGGAAAACAUUCUGGUGGAAGAAGUUCAUUUUCAUAUUUUGUUUUGUUUGUAGAUUUUUCAAGCUAACUGGGACAGAAACACUGUCGUUCACAAUGCCCUGACUCCAGCUAUCACUGCGUGCUUUAUAAGGGUUUUACCCGAGACUUGGUUUAGCUACCCAUCUUUAAGGACGGAGUUCUACUCCUGCGAAUAUGGUAAUUAUUAUAAAAUACUAUGUACAUUGUGCAAAUAUGGAAAUUGGUAUCAAAUACUGCGUACAUUGUGCAAAUAUGGUAAUGACUAUCAAAUACUAUGUGCAUUGUGGGAAUAUGAAAAUUAUUAUUAAAUACUAUGUACAUCGUGCGAAUAUGGUAGUUAUUAUCAAAUACUACGUACGUUAAAUUUCUUCUCGGUUUCUGAGCUUUGCGAUUGGCAAAAACUUAACGACACUUUCUAGUCCAGUGAAGUGCCAACUCUGCAGUGCCUUCAAGGUAGUUUUUCGUGAACACCAGCUAAUGUUGUGUAGUUGCCUGUAGUAUUAAGUGUUGUCAUUUACACCACAAGUGGGACCCUUAUUAUUUUCCUCAGGUAUUGCCUGGUGAACAAAAUACGCUUUCCUCCGCAUGUCAUCUUUUUUCCUGUAUAUUUAUUUACUAUUAAUGAUUACCUGUUCCAUUUGUGCUCUCAAGGAUCAACAUUUACUACCAGCUUUUAAAUAAUCAAUAGCAAACACGCCUAGGGAGAAAGAACUGGACUUUCAUGAUUAAUUGCAGGGCCUGAAAUCGAGCUACAAUCAUGGACAAAACUCCUUGGGACAGUCAGAACAUAACUUCAAUUCUAUGCGUUUCACAAGAAAUGUCGUAAAAAGCAGUGCUGUCAUUUUACAAAUCCAUGUCCCCUCCCCCUUCCGCACCCGAUACAGUGUUAAAAGAUCAAAGGAAUUGUGCCUUGACGGUUUCAACACUGUCCGUGGGGUGGGGGGAGGGGGUAGGAGGUGCAGUGUUAGUAGUACGCGGAUACUGUCCUAACACUUUUGUCCAUGAUUGUAGUAGUAACGAGUAACUCUCAGUGAAAUGUUUAGGUUGAUUUGAAUCCUUAAAAGCUCCGUCUUCUUUUUGAGAGGGUCGGUGUCCCAUACUCUUCUUCGGCUUACAGCGGUGGGGAAUUAAUGUCACUGUGAAAUCAUCCAGCACAAGAAUACAACUGGACUUUAUAGAAUCGUUUACGACCUAUCAAAUUAAUUCAAAGUAUACGGUUCAAUGAAUUUCUGGGAGGGAAUAUCACUGAAAUAUCUCAGUGAAAUUUUAAGGUUGGUUUGAAUCCUUAAAAGUUAGCUCCUUUUUCCUUUUGAGAGGGUCAGUGUCCCGUACCCUUCUUCGUUCUACAGCAGUGAAUUUCUUUAAUUCUGUCUUUUUCUAGAAGUGAAGAUUGAUCCAGUAAACAUCACAGGUGAUUUCCGGAACUCGACAAGCAUAGGUCUGAGCUGGGUAGCGCCAGACUCGUUCAAAUUAGGUGAAGUUGUCUCUGAAUAUCGAGUCGAAAUUGUCGAUCUACUCAGAGGCGAGAGAAUCAAUGUCACUGUCAAUCCAUCAAGCACAAGCAUACAACUGGACUUUUUAAAACCGUUUACGAGCUACGAAUUCAAAGUAUACGGGUCAACGAGUUCCUGGGAGGGAAAUAUCACUGACACAAUCACUUUAAAAACAGAGGAAGACGGUAGGCUGAUAUUUGUAACUAAUUCAAAGGCUUCUUAAAUGGUUUCAAUAGUAGGCAAGAUCUUUCAAUACAGUAAAAACCAGCGGGUGCGAACCUGGUUUUUAAGAACCUGUUGGGCUGAUAGCUUUUGCCAGUUAAGCCUCGUCUGUACAAGAACCUGUUUAGUCUAAAAUUUGAAACAGUUUCCUAUUUUCUAAAAUCUAUAAAAACAUGUUGCUCAAGAAAACGUUGAGGCCACGUUUCAGACUAUCACGAGUCUAAGAGUCGUGUUGGGCAUGUCAACCCUUUAUUUCAAAUCAGAAUACCACGCAAUGUUCUUAGCUACAAUGUAUUUUAUGUUCUUAGAAAAAAAGAACCUAUUUAAUAACCUAAAUAGCCUAAAUUUAUUCUACUCACCGUUUAUUUCAGAACCUGUCUAGGCUAACUUAGGAAAUUUCAGUGUCUUACUCGCGGGUUUUCACUGUAUUGGAUGCAAGAAUUUUUAAAUUACGUGUUAAAGUCAAAUGUAGUCAUUGCUGAAGAGAAACUAAGUGAACUCUUGUUAAUUUGCCUGUGACUUGAAAACAUAAGAAGCGCGAGUUAUAGCAACAUUUCUCGAACCGUUUCACGAAAAAUGGCGAUUUCUACAGUCAUCAUUACUUGCCUUCCACUCGCGUUGCCACUGACAGGUUUUGGUAGUGUUUAUUAUUAUCAUUAUUAUUAUCAUUAUUACUGUUAAUUAAUUAAAUCAGCUUCGUUGUAGUGAAAACAACAAAAAUUUCCAUUUAGUACCUAUGUCAAAACCAAAACUAAGACACACAUUAUCCCUUUCUUGUUUUAACUCGUAGCUCCAAGCGAGCCUCCAAGAAACCUGACUGUUGAGCAGUCGGCGACAUCAGCAGCAACUCUGCAAUGGAAGCCAGUACACAAAUAUUUUAUUAACGGCAGACUCAAAGGAUAUAAAGUCCUAUACAAACAAACGAAUUCACCAACGAGUAACUGGACGAGUAUUGUUCUUAAUGCAAAUGGAACUCGAGAGGGGCGAAAGAAACGAAGUGUAGAGGAGGAAACAGUCAGCUUUGAUCUCAAAGGACUGAAGACCUACACUUCUUAUACUGUCAUAGUCUUAGCUUUCACCAUCAAAGAUGGCGUACCAACGUUGGCGACAAACUUCACCACAGCAGAAGAUGGUACGGUUUGUGUCUUUGUUUGUUCGUUGAGUUUUAAUAAAUAACCCUAUGACGGUACCGAAUCAGUGAUUGACUAGGUUGACUCAAAAAAGACUUUCACUUCUUUUAAGCUCCCGCAAGAUGUUGCGGAAAAGGAAAUGUUUUUUUUUUGCCCACUUACUGACCUAAGGACUCUGUGUGAUGUGUUGUUGUAUCAGCGUGAUUUGUACAGCAAAUUGGAAUGUACAAAGCGUAUGGGUUUUUGGUUUUUGAGGAGAGAAAAAACCGGGAUACUCGAGCCCAGAGCAAUAAAGGGAAGCAACCACAGACUUGAAAGGCCCGCGUAUGGCGUUCCCCGAGAUUUGACCCGGGCCACAUUGGUGGAAGCCACCAGUGCUUAACUACGACGUCCUCGCUUAAAACAUUAUAAAAUAGGUGGCUUAAAUGCAUUACCGGACAAAGCAUUACAUGCAUGAAGUGCUAAACGAAUGAAGGAGUUAAAAUUGAAAACAAAACUUAGACAUGUCUGACGUCAGACCCUAGAUAUCUUUGUGUGUACAAAUUAAAAUUCCUGAAGUUUAUAAGUCGAGAUUGCCCAAAAGGUUUAAAUUUUCGUACGUGAGUUGAAUCAUCUUUCCAGACUUACUACAAAAGAAUCCAUUUGGGUCUUGAUUUGCUCUAAUUGAGAUUAUUUGUUCUUGUUUUUAUUUUCGCCGUUUUAGUGCCUGAUCACGCGCCAAUAAACGUUACAGCAUAUAACACAAGCUCCACAAGUAUUAACGUCACAUGGCAGCCUAUUCCACCUGAUCAUGUGAAUGGAAUACUCCUGGGAUAUCACGUGAUAUAUCGAAGAAUUAAUAAGUUUGGCGAUAACAUUUCUAUGGUAACGGUAAACAGCACCGUUUUGCACACUGAACUAACCGGAUUAGGAAAAUAUAAGUUAUAUUCUAUCCAAGUUGCUGGACGAACCCUCCUCGGCUUGGGUAAUGUUUCUGAUCCAGUUAAUGUUCGCACAGACGAAGAUGGUACGUACUUUCCAAGUUGUAAAGGCCUAAUAUUAUACUUAUUUAUACCCCACACUCACCUCUUUUUCAGCCCAAGUAAUUUUUUUUUUAUAUAAUUUUUCACUAGACCUAAGUAAUCAAACUUCACAGAAAAUGGCCCGUAUCCUAUUAACGCCAGGGUAUGUCUAAGUCGUCUUUCACACAUCUUAGACGUCUACUCUUAAUACGGGAAAUAAUGCAGACCCAACUGGCGUCUGUCCCAGUCACGUGUCGGGGGAAGUUUAGAUUGUACAACUGCCGAUAAAUCUAUGCACCAAAGGCGGUCUAUAUGGAUCGGUAGGACUGUAAUUUUUAUCUAGCUUUUUUUUGCUUGUCUCAGUUCCUGACGACCCACCAGGAAACAUACGAGCUAUCGGAAUUGAACCAACGGUUCUAAAAGCUCAUUGGCUCCCGGUAUCCAACGAAACCAUAAACGGCAUUGCACUGGGCUACAAACUGGCUUUAUUCACCAUUACUGGGACAAGAAUCAGGGAUUACACUUUAAACAUUUCUAAGUUGUCGUUAGAGAUCACUGGGCUUAAUAUAUGGACCAACUAUAGCAUCAAGAUGGCAGCAUUCACCGUUGUUGGAGAAGGUCCAUGGAGUGAAUUAAUAUUCGAAGACACCGAUGAAGAAGGUAAUAUACAGGAUGACUUAUUUGUCUAUGCGUUGUUUAGGUACAUUUGCACCCAUUUCAGAGAUCCAUCGAAGUGGUUACCCGCGUUUGCGCCGUUUGUGUUCUUAAAUGACCCCUUCUGAGAAUUUGUUCAUGAGCUCAUUUCAGUUGAUUUACUGACUGAUUGUCCUCGCAUAACGUAACGUGGUGUUUAAUGUUAACUACCGCAUUUGUUCAAUAUCCAAUCCGUCACCAUUAGCUAUAGUAUGCUCGUAUUUGGUAUGGCGAUCUGAUAGUUUUUUUUUUUUUUUUUUUUUUUUGACUGGUUGAAUGAUUUGAAAAGAGGCGUUUAUUGGUUAAACUGUUUUGAAAAAGUAAUUUGAAAGGUUCAAAGAUGGAAACUCAUGCUUAAUAAAAAAUUUUCGUAACUUAAUUACGUAAUGUUUUUCCUGUUACAUGUAAUCUUCAUGGUUUCGGUUCGUUGAUUCUACGGCGCGCAAAUAGUGCAUAUUAAUGACGUCCACCAAAUAUUUAUUAUUUCACAUCCAUCCACCAUCGCAACCACUGCCACACAACCAUUGUCUCGCGUUCGCCAGAUUCUCAACGAAACCUCACCACCACCAAAAUAACCUGGUCUCCACCAUUACCACAAAUAAACUUUCCGCCAAUUUCACAGCGGAUGAAAUAAGUUCAUGCAUGAUCCAAAAUGGCUGCUUGAAAUGCUGUUUUUUUAACAGUCUUGGAAAGAAUUUUGUUAGCAUCAGAUGGACGUUCAACGCUAAGAAUGAUAUCCUUUUAUAUUUGAUUAGGAAACUGAUAUCCUUUCCACAGCGCAGGAUUGUCGUUACCCUUCUAGAAACUCGGUGCAAUUUCACGCGGGCACUUCCGCUUUACACUGAACGCAAUGAACUAUGAACUAAAAUACCUUUGCUGUGGUUUUUCGACAGUUCCCUUCAAAGGGCCAACUAACUUAACAGGAAUGGCCACAAAUUCGACUUCAGUUUUCGUCAAAUGGGAUCCAGUUUAUUUACCAACCAUCCGAGGCAUUCUGCGUGGUUAUACCGUUUAUUAUAAAGAGGACUCGAGCUCAGUCCACCCGAGCAUUUUAAGAAACGUAUCUGUAGAUAUAUCAGUGACAAAUGCUCAACUUGUUAACUUACACAAGUAUACCUACUACCAUAUUUGGGUGACAGCAUUUACUACGAGACAGGGAUCACAAAGCAGCCCCUUAUUUGUACAGACGCACGAGGACGGUAAGUCCAAAUAAUUUUAGCCUUCGUCUUUACCCUCUGCGAAGGACAAAGUGUCGCUCCACUGAAUACUAAAGUUCGUCCAGUGUUAUUUGCAUAAAUAUCAUCACCUGCCCCCCUCCCACACACACACACACAUACAUACUAAAAAGAGCAAGAAAACAAGGAAAGAAGUAAGGUGGCUACAGUUUACUUGACGCUCAUGUUAUAGCACGUAAGUGCAAAGGGUAUCGGAUAUAUAUGAUGUAUGAUAACUAACGUAUAUAUUUUUCCAUGUGUUCGAAGCAACAGUAUAUCCUUCAGAGACAUAAAUCUCUCAAAUUACCAAUUGUAAGUGAUGGUCAUUUCGUCAUUUGACGCAGCUUUACUAAUCCUUGCUAGUCCACUGCAGUUGCAUUCAGUUACUUAUUUUUUUUUAACAGAAGUCAACAUUUUUUCUCCCCAGUCCCCGAUCGUCCUCCUCUUUCCAUCAGAUACUCUUCACCAAGCUCUACCUCGAUAUUCCUUUACUGGGACCCAGUACCUCCGCAGUUUGAAAAUGGCAUUAUAAGAGGCUUCAACGUUGGAUAUCAGGAAAACAAGCCGAAUACCGAAUUGGCUGUUAGAGAACGCUUUUUGGUUAACUGGGUCUUACUGGAUGGUCUUAAAAAGUUUACAGAAUAUUCCGUUCGAGUGAGCGCCUUUACCUCAAUAGGAUACGGUCCAGAAAACAACAUUUCAGUGUUAACACCACAAGAUGGUAUGGCUCUUAGUUGUAGUGUGUUUUUGUUUAGUUAUACUUAACUCUGGCGCUUUCAAAUGGGGCCAAACAUCAAGCUUUAAACUGUCGCAGACUUCUCACUUAUCAGGAAUAUCGCGUGCACAUUUAUCUGAGAGUUAGUUAUCUUAGGAAGAAACAGAAUGGCUCCGUAGUGCCGCCAAAUAGACGAUACGUACCAAAAUACCUUUUCAUUAUUGGAAGCAGUAAUACCAUAAGCACUGUAAUGACUCCAAUGUUAUAUUGUUUUGGCUUUGAUACACUGUUUGCUUAUGGGUUCUUGGUCAAAGAAGCUUUUUCCUUUAAAAUAUUCCUUCGCUGGCGUACGUAACUGAAUUUCAGCGCAUGAGCAAUCAUACUUUAGUGACACUCUUCCCCAGUUCUAAACGUUUUGCACCUUAUUUCCGCUCGAUUACAAUCUUCAUUAUUCACCAUCGCCAACUUCGACGCGAACCUCAAAUGCACCGUUUGUAGGGGAAGACCUAAACCACCACAAUCCCUGCGUGGUCACACUAUGAAUUCAAAACAAAAAACUGUCUAAUUAUGGUGCAAUUCAGCGACCUUCAUUGGCGCGAAUGUUAGUAAUGAUAAUGAGAGAAGACUAUAAUAUUUGACGAUGUGUAUGCAGAUACGUUUGCCCAGCAAAUGGGUCAAUUCGUUACCUUCUAUACUACUGAGGUGGAACAUAGUUGGUUGAGCACGAUUUUGAGAGCAAUUUUGCACAAGUAUCCACCGCUUAUUAGCCUUAAGGUUUUGCAGUGGAAGGACUCAUAUUUGGAGGUAACUUAAAACUUAUGAACAUCAAGUAACUUUAAAACAACAAUGAUGAUAGUAAUUAUAAUUCCAUUGUUUACUCUGGGCAGUAUUUAUAGCAUUAAUGCUAGUGGGACCCAGCAAAUGACUGAAACAAAUAAUUCAAAUCAAACUUAACAGGGUUAAGAAUCCCAACUGGCCGGAGGCAAACCAGCUGGCUAUUUACAGGCGUGGUCGAGGAUUUGGACUCGGGAAUACCGUGAACAAAAACAUGUAUAGUUCGAUUUUUAUCGCCUAAUCUUUUUGUACCGCAUUCUUUUAGUUCCUAGCAAACCACCAAAUGACGUCCGCGCUGAAAGCCACGUUACCUUGACAACUAUUCCUGUCACCUGGCUACCUAUUGAUCCACAUCACAUCCACGGAGUUUUGCUUGGUUUCAAAAUUAGGUACCAGGCCGUCGCAUCAGGCGAGGAACAAAUUGAAGAUCAGCCAAUCCAAGAAGAGAGGGUUGACCCAACCACAUUCUCUUUUGUAUUAAAACAUCUUGAAAUAUUUACUUUAUAUCGUGUGGAUGUGUUGGGGUACACAGUUGUAGGAGAUGGACCAGUAACUACGGAUUAUGCAGGUUUGUUUCUUUUUGCAGUCUAUACAGUAACUUCUCUAUUACAAAAUGCAGCCUGUUAUAGCUAGCAGAAUUUCAAUGACAUUGGUCAUAGAAAAUAGAAGGUUAUAACCAAUACAUAUUUAAAAUUCGUUUGGGACAGUUUCGAUUGCGGUCAAUCAUCUUUCUCAAAUCCAGCAGUGUCUUCAUUAAGUGUUAAGACACUCACGCCUGCAAAUUCCAAGUGUUUAGUAUUCCCCCUCCCUGGUUGGGGAUGAGGAUAACUGGUUUGUUCUUUAAUCCUUUUCUUUGUUGAAGUGUUCGUGUUGGUUUGUAUGCUUUCCUUUGCCACUAUUUUGGCUUGUUACGCUCUCUGCUUGAAUGCUUCUCAUUCCGCCCUAGCACCAAUUGUUUGUUAUGGCCGCUUCAUGAUCUUCAGUAAGGGACGGACCAUUAUUUUUUUGACGGAGGGAGUGGGGGUUUGGAAAAUUUUAACAUGUAAACAUUUAAGCGCCUCCAGCUGCAAACAAUUUUUUGUGCGUCUCCGUCUUCCUGCAAACACUUUUCCGUUGUACUUGCAUACAAUUUAUUUCAGUGUUUACAGCCUCUGCAAACAAUUUAAAUCAAAAUUUUCCAACCCCCCUCCACCUCCGUCAAAAACAAUAAUUGACUGUCCGUCCCGUUCUGACAGACGUUCUGGUUCCUUUCUUGGAUCCUCGUGGAAGGUUCCUUUUUAGUGUGUUGUUGUUUGUUUUUUUUUUUUUUUUUUCUAAUGACGCUGUUUUUGGAGUCCUAUCUUCAAUGAAUUUCUUCAAGAGUAAUAGAGAGUUAGUUUCAAAGAAAUCAUAUUUGUGCGUCAGUGGCGGGCUAAACGAUUAAGUAAAUAAGGAGCUCCAAAGGAAGGUGACAUCAGUUCCAGCGUGAAGAGUUUGAUUCCUUUACUGACGUGGUGUGGGACGGGGUCCAAUCUCCCGCCUUCUGUACCUUGUUUUCCUGGCUCCCGCUCCUUUUUUGUUGACUUUCUCCCUUUAGACCGUUUUCGAUUGCGAAAUAUUAAGACUAGAGUAUUAACUGUUGCGUGAUUCCUCGCUAUUUCUCCUGCUUCCCACCCUAUUAGAAGAACUCCACGUCCCGUAAGUAUGCCUCUCCCUUCCCCUAUUCCUCCGAGCUUCCGCCGACCUGUCCUCCCCCACUCUUUACAGUGGCCAAUCCACCUAAUGAAAUGACUUGGUAUAUUCACUUAUACAGUACAAAAAACUUUUAAUCCAAAAUAAUGGGUACACCGUCAUAGCACGACAGUUAUCAUGAUACUACUUUCGCUUUACAUUCUAGAUCCCCUUUUACACAAUAUUCUUGAUGACGUGCUAUUAAUUUGUCAUUUUACACAAAACUUUUUCUUUAAUGACUAGUUUGGUUUUAUCGUUUUUCAGAGACGUGUCGUUGUCAUAAGCGCCUCACCACAAGUUGGUACGAGUUUCGACCAUAUGUCCAAGUACCAGAAAACAAUAUUCCAGGCGGGCUAAUUCCACCAAUCUUAAGCAAGCUAGCAGUCACGUGUUGUCAAACCUGUCAAUCUCAUGGAACGUCUUACGUGGAUUUCAAUUCCAAUGGCUUAAAUACAUCAGCAAGACUUCGUGAUUUGCGCACGUUCAAGUCGAGCAUUGGUAACCCCACAGAUUUUUUCUUUCCGGUGUACGGAUUUAAAGAUCAGACUCACUUUGCUAAAGAGUUUGGUUACCAUGGUCUGGUGGAGUCACCUGGAAUGGCGUACAUUAUCAAUACUAACUCCCAGGAUGACGUACCCAAUGCAGUGUUAAAUAAUAUCAUUUCCUGUUGGUCAAUCGUGACACUGUUUAUGGUUAUCACCUAUUUGUCAGGACUGGCUGUGUGGGUAGUGGUAAGUUAUUUCCGCACAGGGUUUCAAAUACAAAAAUUUGUAUAUAGCAGCAGUGGUGUGAUGGUGCUAGUAGUGGUAUCAGUAAGCUAAUGGAGAUAAUUUGUUAACUUGCCUCCUCCCCCUCAGGCGCUUCGUUUCUCGCACAGAGGCAAACGCGAAGCGCGAGUGACACGCGAGUGCCGCCUUCCGUAGCGCGCAAAUCAUCAUCAUCGAGAGAGUCGUCUGGGUACGAGGCUGGUCUUUAACUGUUAAUACUGUUUGUGGUGUAGUAACACUACUACUAGCACUGAGUUGCAAUACCAGCAGUAGUAGCAUUAGCUGUAGUACAAGCAAUAUUUUUCGAGGACAUCUUGCCAUUGGGGAAGAGAAAAGUGGCUAUUUAACAGUUUAAUCUGAUUGACAGACAAUGUUUUUGGAAAAUAUUCUUGUAAGUGGCUGCGAAAUUCGAUUGCUUGAGGAGAGUACUGUAGUACACGAUUAAAACAACGUUAAACAACCUUAUAUUACAAACUUAAGGCAAGUGAAAUGUACAGAUUGUUGGCAACUCGUUGUCUGUUCCUCUGUGUUGUCCCUUUUCUUUCUUUCCACUUUUUUGUUUUCUUUUACUUCUUACAUAGGAGUCUCCAACCAACCCACAAGAUUUCCCCUCAUCAUUUACUAAAGGAGUACCUGAAGGAUUUUACUGGGCUUUUGUUUCCACGACAACCGUUGGGUUAGUCUUAUUUUUUUUUUCACUGAAACCUCAGUUAACAGUUAUAUCGCUGUUAUAUGAAAAUUAAAAUUGCAAAAAAACUACUGGAGAUACAUUAGCCCGCCUGAACCAACUCAACUCUAGCUUUAAGCAGUAAAUGGAUCGGAACAAACCAUCUAUUUAUAAAAACAAACCAUCUAUAGACCUUUUUAGCAUGUAUGUGUUGUUUUCGUAUUUCAGACCAUGCAAUGUUACCCCAGAGAACGUUUUCUUUCAAAUUCCGUCCCAUCUACGUGCAUAUGUAUGCCAGAGAACUGCUAGUAUUCUUCCACGACGACUGCGCACUAAAAAACUGAUAUUUGGCAAGAUGGAAAACAUUUUUUUUACAGAAACUGCGAGAUAGCCUUUAAGGGCUGUAGCUAGUUUUAAUCGCCGACCAGUAUGACUGACAAAGGAAAUCCGAGAAGAUUUGUAUGCCAGUCAAAAGUGACUAAAUCAAGAAGCAAUCAGAAUUUUGGCAUGCGUCGUCACUCCCACCGCCCCACACCUUCUAUUUUUUAUUAACAUUCCUUGAUAGUUAAUUGGAAUAUAUAUUUUGUUGAAUCUACUUCUAUUAAUAUAAAAUACAUAUUUACAGGAAAAAGUAUUUAACAGCGUAAAACGCUCGCUUAACUAAUCAAUCUCCUCGUUACUUUGCUUUAAAGAGGUAUGUGCUUCCUGGAAUUAACAAUUGCUGAUACGAGAAUUAAAAGUCUUGUGUUGUUCACAGAUAUGGUGACCGGGCGCCGAUCACUGUUACAGGAAGACUUCUUGCAAUAGUUGUAAUUCUGACUGGACUGGUUCUCUUUAGUCUGGUGAAUGGAAUUUUAGCUACAUCCAUAACAAGUGUCGCCUUGGAAACAGACUACAAAAUUUACGGUGCAAAGGUAACGUGACGUCGUAUUAAAGGCAACUAGAUUGGUCUCAAAUACAUAUUUUAUAUUUCAACACCAGACUGCAAUGAGCUCAGCAAAAGUGUUAUUAGAAUCUUGUUUUCAUUAUAAUAACUUGGUCAGGUUCAUGGCUAAUAUCACCGUUUUCAUCGUCAUCAUAAUCACUGUUAUUCUCAUCAUCAGUUAAUUAUCAUUGUCCUUUAAUUAGUAAUUAGUUAUUCAUUAGGAGGCCAAAGAAAAAAAUGGGUUUCUUUUUCUCGCAGGUAGCAGCGAUUGCAGAAACCCCCGAAUAUCGGGUGGGAAUUAGAAAGAAUGCAAAGAUGGACGAAGGUAAUUAUAUAAAUGUCACUUUUAGGUCAAAUGUAUGCCGCAAUGUCUCGCUUUCAUCACUUGUCUCAUGGCUUGCAUUUAACAGGAGGCAGCGUAGCUGAGCGAUUUUAAUAGCGCUGGAAUUGUAAUCCCGAGGUCCCGAGUUCAUUCCACGCUCCAACUGUUAGCUGGGUUUGUUCUCCGUAGUCCCGAAUUCAACUCCUCGGUCGCCUAGGCAACCGGCUCACUUCAAGCCAGUUUUGAUUUCUUAACCUUACAGGCCACAAUGAAACCUACUGGCUUAACAGUUUGUCUUUUUCUUUUUUUACAAUUAACCAAGAAGACGGUUUUUAAUCGAGUCAGAUGGUAAAACCACAUCUUUGAAACUAAACCCUCUCCCCGUUAAAUUAAAAUACAGCCCUCGCAACCAGAUACUGAAUUACACAGUAUGAAAAGUUCUAAGAAAGCUCUUUACAGUAACAUCUAAAAACUAAUUAGUAGUAUGUUAGGGAUGUUUUAGGCCUUUUUUGGAGCAGGAAUCUCAUUAAGAAGGGUAAGAAUAUAGCAACGCCGAUUACGUCAUUGCCUGUUGUCUUUAUCUUAGAAAUGAAAUGCACAGGAAUCUCAUUAAGAUAAGCUCAUGUGCUAUUUUAAAUUUAGGAGGUGAUGAUUAAAUUUAGGUGGUGAUGGUGGUUGCGGAGGGAAGACUUGGUGGUAGUGGAGGGCAAACAAUAGACAUGAGGUGUUGGUGGUGGAGGGAACGCGAAAAAUUGUUUUACUUGCUGGAAAGAGAUAGUUUGCCUUCGCCCUUAUUAAUAUGCACGCUUUGUAUGCCAAGAAUCAGAGAACCGGUACUAGAAGAAUUUGUUGGACAAGGAAAAUGGCAGGAAGUAGAACGCGCAUAAUUACGUUACGACUCAGUGAUUUCAAGUCACAGACGAGUUAACGCUUAUUCCUUUGACAUCAUGACGCAACCAUUGAACACUUUUGUUUCAAGUCAACCAAUCAAAGAGCAAGAGUUUCAUCGACCUUAAAACAACUAGGAUACCUGUUAUUCCACCUAAAAAUAGCACAUGACCCGCAUUAUAUUCAGGAGAUAAAGACAAGAGGCAAUGACGUCAUCGGCGUUAAUAUCUUCUUGCCGUCCUUAAAGGUGAUAUUACACGGGACGAUUCGCAACGACGAUUUUUAGCGCAACACAGCGUUGCAAUGUUGAAACAAUGUUGGAAGCAUUGAAACAAUGUAACAAUGUUGCAAUGCUGUGUUGCGCUCAAAAUCGUCGUUGCGAAUCGUCUCGUGUCACAUCACCGUCAUGAGAUUCCAGCCCAUAAAAUGACAUAAAACAUCCCUACUAUACUACUCUAAUUAAACAGCCAUUUGGGAAAGUAGAACUCAACUCAACUUUCUACCGAACCACAGACCACCGCAGACACCGCGGCCAAAUGUUUCGAUUGGCUGGGACACAGACUGCCGCUGAUCAUGACAAUUGAAGUUUUGGCAAAUAUUGGAAUAUAAGGACUUAAAUUGGUUUUUCUAACUAAAGGCGGUUGGCACAAAUGCAUAGCAGUCGGAUGUCCUGAGUUUGGAAUAUUCAGGCUUGUGCGACGAUGCACACAAAUUUCUUUUAAGGAAAUAAAUGGAUUAUAGGUUUCUUGAAGUGGCCUACAUGGCUUUUCGCUAUUUGAUGGCGUUAUAAAUAUUUCAUUGGUUGGCUGUAUUUGCUGUUUAAGAUAAUGAGUAUCACACUUUCGACGAUAUCUAUACGGCUUUGCAAGAGCAAAGGGUCACUGGUGCGUUGAUAGAUACGUACAGCGCCGGAGACAGCAAGGAAAUGUUUGCUAAACAACAUUUCAGAGUCAACAAGAUUCUCGAUUACUCAUCUACUUAUGGAAUUGUCAUGGGUAAGGAGGCCAGAAAGCUUAGGAUAUGUUUCAAAGAGUACAGUGAGCAAGCCUUCGCCAGUGAAAUUUCACACCACAUUCAGAAAAAUACAGAACAGUUAAAGGUAAUAAAAAUUUUGAUUUUUUAUUGGUUAAGAAAUGUUUCCACGGCGUUUUGAAUAAUAUCUUAUAAUUCAAACCAACAUGGUCAAGAAAAACAGACCUACUCACUAAAAUUACACCUACUAACGUUACCGCCCUGUCACGCAAACGACGAAUUGGGGAAGCUCUCAGCCUUUGAACAGUUGAGAACUAGAAAAGGUCAACAUCCUAGACAAUUUUCAUUCAUUAGCAAUCUGCAGACAUGAAAUUUCGGAUGCAAAACUAAGAUGCUAUUUAAAAAAAAGGCUUUUUCAUUAUAGCUAGUCAUUUUUACCCCUCUAUUUGAUGGGAACAGUUUUUCGGUGAUUUCAUGUUUUCGUCACUAUUUGAACAACUUUUAAAAAUAGUGUUUAAUAUUGUAGUUAGCUUUUAACAAUAACGAUAACAAAAGUCAAAGACUCGUAACUUUACGUAUCUUCUGCAGGAACCUCCAGAGCCUCUUCCAGUAGAGAAAUCAACAGGACUUUUCGACAGCAACAGCGUUGUAUUCCAAAAGUCUUUGCUCAUAGCCAGCACGCUAUUGUUAUUGGCUUUACUCCUGGGCACAAUCUAUGAAAUUAUACGGCGCUUUAGAGCAAAAGGAAAGAUUGAACCACAUGGUGAGUUUGUCAGAUCUUUUAUUCCUUCUGUCAAGUACUCUUUAGUUCGCUAUUACACUCUAGUGUUCUUAUAA